GGGCGUGGUCGCUAGCUUGUCGUUUCCGGUCGGGGCUGGUCGGCUCAGUUCGGUUGAGUUCGCCGAGGGGAGAGGAGCUGAGCAGCGAUGGGGGGAGUGACCGCUCUGUGUGCGCUGAUAGCCGGGGUCAUAGUGCCCAGCCUGGCCGGGUACAUCGAGGUGAGCAUCAUGGGAAAUGUAGUCCUGUCCAGUUAGAGUGCCAGGUGUCCCCUAUACAGCCUGCUAAUGGAAAUUAAUCCUUUAUAUCCAUAUACAUACCGACAUUAACCCUUUAUAUAUAUAUUAACCCUUUCCCACCUGGGUUGCCAUCAGCCCCCCUUUUCCACCUGGGUUGCCAUCAGCCCCCCCUUUUCCACCUGGGUUUGCCAUCAUCCCCCUUUCCACUGGGUUGCCAUCAGCCCCCUCCCCUUUCCCACAUGGGUGCCAUCAGCCCCACUCCCUUUUCCACCUGGGUUGCCAUCAGCCCCCCCUUUCCCACCUGGGUUGCCAUCAGCCCCCUUUCCCACCUGGGUUGCCAGCAGCCCCCUUUCCCACCUGGGUUGCCAUCAGCCCCUUUCCCCACCUGGAGUUUGCCAUCAGCCCCCCCCCCUUUCCCACCUGGGUGCCAUCAGCCCCCUUCCCCACCUGGGUGCCAUCAGCCCCCCCCCCUUUCCCACCUGGGUGCCACCAGCCCCCCCUUUCCCACCUGGGUGCCAUCAGCACCCCCCUUCCCACCUGGGUUUGCCAUCAGCACCCCCCCCUUUCCCCACCUGGGUGCCAUCAGCACCCCCCCCUUUCCCACCUAGGUUGCCAUGUCAGCACCCCCCUUUCCCCACCCUGGGUUGCCAUCAGCACCCCUUUCCCACCUGAGUUUGCCAUCAGCCUUUCCCACCUGGGUGCCAUCAGCCCCCCUUUCCCACCUGGGUUUGCCAUCAGCCCCCCCUUUCCCCACCUGGGUUGCUGUCUGGCCCCUUUUCCCACCUGGAGUUUGCCAUCAGCCCCCUUUUCCCACCUGGGUUGCCAUCAGCCCCCCCUUUAACCUGGGUUGCCAUCAGCCCCACUUUUCCACCUGGGUUGCCAUCAGCCCCUUGCCUCCCACCUGGGUUUACAUCCAGCCCCCACCUGUAAGGUUUGUAUUGCCCCACCUGGGUUGCCAUCAGCCCCCCUUUUCCCACCUGGGUUGCCAUCAGCCCCCUUUCCCACCUGGGGUUGCCAUCGAGCCCCCCCCUUUCCACCUUGCCAUAUAUACCCCAAAUUACAUUUCUUUUGCCCCCACUGUUAUAAUGUGAAUUACUGUAUGGGGCAUAUAUACCCCAAAUUACAUUUCUUUUGCCCCCACUGUUAUAAUGUGAAUUACUGUAUGGGGCAUAUUACCUCUCUGUUGCCCUCCUUACUGUUACCAUGUAAAAUGUUGUUUAAGGUAUUAUUUGGGGUAUUCAUGCACUAAUAUCCAUUUCUGUGUAAGGUGGUAUGUUUGGCAUUGUGCCCUCUGUGGGGUAAACCUAUUGCCCUCAAGGUUUUGUUUUUUUUGUGUGAUGUGGUCUUUGUAUGUUUUAUGCCCCCAGUUGCUAUCACAGCUCCACCAUAUUUAGAAAAUUCAGGAGGUCAAAUCGCCUCAUUUGGCUGGAAUCAGGGUUCGCCCCAUAUGCCGCCGUUUGAAUCAAUUCUGACAGAUUUAACCCUUUUAAUGAUGGAUUUUGACUGAGGAUAUUGCUUCCUUGCAGGGGAAGGGUUAACGCUUCCCUUAUUGUCUCAGGAUAUCCUGAAAUCCCUCUCCACCCUGCCUGUUUGGGAUGGGAUAUUCUUUAACCCUUUGUGGUCAUGUCCUGGGAUGAUUGGCAGCGAAACAGCAACUGUGGCUUAUCUUUUUGGUUACGUUGUUGUUGUUAGAAAUAAGGUGACGGUAUGCGGAUUGAAUCAUUAUUUACCAGAGGCGUUCACUGGUUUUGGGCAACAUAACGCUCUGAUUUUUAACCUUGACAAACCAGGUGUUAGUGAACUGCUGGACGCAUGUCUCUUUUCAGCUAUUUAACCAUGUAAUCUACAUAUCCCAUGAUGCUCAGCUACCAGAUUGGCAGAGCAUUAUGGUAAAUAUAGUUGUUAAACAUCUGGAGAGUCACAGAGGUAUAGGGUUAAAUUUUUAAGUGGGUCCUUAUACACUGCCUUCAGUGUCAAGCAGGCUGUUAUCAAUGCAAAGCAGAGGGUGAAAGAAUAGAUAUGUAAAUGGGUUAUUUACCUGUGCGUGGUAUGGCUGUGCUGUGGGGCGGAUCACUGACUACAGACAUUUAUUUUUUUUUAAAUUUUUUUUUAUUAACUCGUUCAGUGGUUGAAGAAUUACAUUAUAAUUUAGCCUGUGGAAAGUCCCACAUGUUGAGUAAUGAUUGAGGUUUGGUUUGAUACAAAAAAACAAACUGUCCUCUGGACUGCAACACCCAUCAGCCUCGGAUAGUAUCUGUUGUUAUGGGGAAUGCAGUGCAGCAGGAUAGCCGCAGCUCGCCCAUCCCUGUAGGUGAGCAUAAUGCGCAGAUAGUCUAUUUCUGUCUGUGUCCCAUAGGCUUGCCAUCAGCCUCUUUCCCCUACAGAUUACGGACUGCCUGCAGCUACGCGGGUGGUUAUUAACCCUUCCUCUGCUGGGAGAUCAGCUUUGUGCGCAGGUCCCAUGAAACCUAUUAGGAUAUUUAAAACGCUCCAUCCAGGUGUGGCCGUCAUAAAGAUGAAUAGAGAGAUGGCAUAAAAUCUGGGUCACCGUCAUUCCCAUAGGAAUGCGUCUGUUUUUCUUCCCUGAUAACCAGCAAGACUUUGCCUUGCUAGAAUUGCUUUUAACCCUUUGUGUUGGGGAGUGGGGUAUAAUCUUGUGGUAACAUUGUGCCUAAUGUAACCAACACCUUGUACAGUAAUCUGUUAAAAUAUUCACUGAUACGUUGUCCCUGCACAUACAUCUCCAAUCCGCCUGUUAAUGAGUCACUGCUGCAUGGUGGGGGGGAUGCUGAAUUCAUCCUGCUUUGAGACACAGCCAUGAAACUAAAUCCAUUUUAGCUAUCCUCUAUCUAAUUGUCAGAUUUCAGGCUUGGAAUACCAUCGGCAAACGCAGUGGAACCUUAUACUUGCUGAGCAAACAAUCUUUUUUUUUUUUUGGUACGCCAAUACAGAAUGCGCCCAAGGUCGUACAGGACAGUCACCCGCUUUCAGCUGCUCUCCCACUACGGAUGUUCAAAAAAAAGUUAUCUAUUUUUUCCACUUCCAUUUUGCUUUAGUAAAUAGAGUAUUUUUUAUUUUGUACACUUUGAAUCCCUCUGGCGUCUCAUCACACUGGGAAUCUGAUUGUUCCCACACCUGCCUUUGGAGAACAGGGGGCUGACCCAUUCCGAGCAUUCCCCCUGUAAAGAUCCCACCUCUGCAUUUUUGUCAUGCCACAUCUGCUUGUAAACCUGUUUAUAUUCUGAGCAGGCCAACUGGUUAGCAGAGCAGAAGGGUCUGUCUGUUUUCUCGAGUGGCACUACCCUAUUAGUCAUCUCUCGCUAACACCUUGUGGCUUUCUUUAACCGCUGCGGUCUGCACAUUGAGAUUAUCUGCUUGGUGCAGGGGGUGCCCUGUUAUUUUGACGGUAUCCAAAAAAUUGCUGGAUAUUUUCACUCCAUGCUGCUUGGUGGCAUUAUUGCCUCUUAGAUUAAUCACAUGUAUCGGUUGCCGUUUAAUUAAUUGUAGUAGCAAAUGAAACAUUGAUCCCACCCCUGACAUCCGAGUAAAUAUAGGCAGAAAUAGGACUUAGAGAAUUUUUCAAAGUUUGAUUUUCUGGCCUAUGAAUUGUAGUUGCCUUUGAUAAUUCUCCCCAAACUCCAGGUUUAAGGGUUAAGCCCCAUCUCUUCUCUCUACAACUGAGUCGCUGCAGUGGAAGGCCAUUCAGCAUUUAAGUCAAAGUAGCAGAAAUCACUUGAGUUCGAUUUUAUUUUUUUUGUUUGUUCCCUCCGCUUGUUAUUUUGGACCAGAUGUCUGAUUACCAGCUCGGUGUUUAGUUAAUAAACCUGUCUUGGAUUUUACAUUCAGAGCCAUAAAACAAUACCAUUUAUACAUACUAAGUAACCAUCAAUACAGACCUGGUCGGAAAAUGGGGAAAUGAAAAGAUCAUGGCACAAUUAUUUUAUUUACAUAGCGCCAUCAGAUUCCGUAGCGCUGUACAAUGGGUGGACUAACAGAAAUUGUAAUCCGACAACUGGACAUACAGGAACAGAGAGGUGGAGGGCCCUGCUCAAUGAGAUUACAUUCUAGAGGGAUCAAUUUAUUCAAACUAUCCACAUAAUUAAGGGGUAAAAUAAACACUCUCAAAUAUCCAUGCACAUAAAUCAAACCUAAGUGCAAAGAGCGUAUUUAACCCGGAAUAGGCCAAAAAAUUGGUCCACCUGAUGCAGCCAGGAAUGGAGUCUUCAGAUCCGAUUAUCAAUUAUUCCAAUUGCGUGGGGGUGUAAUGAUGUUUUUGUGAAAGGCAAUUGUUGCACAUUUUAGGUAUGAAGAUUUUAUCAUGUAUGUCUUCCUCCUCCUUUUAUGUUUGAUUUGAAUACAUUUAUUGUGCCAUGACCCUUCCCAUUUAAUGUCCUUAUUGAUGGUCCCUCGGUAUGCUUUUCAUUUUAUUACUGGAAUUUGACACAAUUGCAUAUGUUUUGUUGUGAAGCAGGUACAGUUCUACCCGGAGUCCAGGAAGAGUUCUCAAUGCGUCAAGUCUGUUCUCUUCCCAUUUGUUAAAUUCCAAAAUGGUCGAAAAAAUGUUGGAUAUUGUUUUGUUAAAUUCCGUUAUCUUUCACAUUUUAUCCAUUUCAGAAAAGACCACCAAAACUUAGUGGCAGAAAAUAGCUGAAAUAGAAAAUGCUUCUGACCUCUCAUAAUUAUUAAAGUGAGAGAUUUGGGUGCAAUAUAUGCAGAAAUCAAAGAUUAAUUUUCACCAAAAUAGAGCACAAAGUGCUACUAUGUAGUAUGUGGUAUUCAUAUGAUGCAGGAUGUAAACCAAGUAAUUCCUUAGGAAUACACACUUUUCAUGCAUUGCCCAUCACAAAGUAAAAUCUCCAGGAAAACAUUUCAUCUGGUAAACUUAGAUCCACAACAAGAUAAUAUGAUCGUGCUGCUGGGCUAAGGUUUUACAUUAUUUUUGUGACCGUUUGUAUCCGUGUGAAGGUCACUGGUACAUGGUGUGUGAUAGAGAUCAGUCUCGGAGCAGUAUUUAGUAUGCGCGGUGCAGCCCUAUGAAAUUAGCUUCCCACAGGGGAGGGGGUGAUGGGAGUGCUGUGCACACAGCUGUGUCUCCGUGGGCUAAGUGAUUAGUUGGUGGCGAUCAUGAUAUUGAUAAAACAUAGACAGCUGUCAUUGCAAACAUUAAACGACGUGGAUCUAUAGCUUACAGCACCCAUUCUCCCAAUAUCUGAUUUACUGGCCUUCACGCCAUUUGUCUAUCUUUCACAGAAGGUCUGAAAGUCGUGUCCCCCCAGAUUAAUAGAAUGUAUGCCUCUAAAAAAAAAAAAAAAAAAAGGGGGGGUUGAAUCUUACAAAGUGGCACUAUUAAAUGUCCCCUCAGUAAAAGUCUUUGUACUGAGGGGUAUUUCCUUUCUCAGUGUUCUUAUUUAAGAGGUUGUAGCAGAUUGCGUGGCUCUGAGGACGAGUAUAUACCUUUUUAUUAUAAAUUGUCUGAUUGUCCUGUAGGCCCAAUGAUUCAAACCUCUGAAUAAAUUAAAUUACUGUCUGAUUGGUAAUCUAUAAAAUCAUUUGAGCACUUUUUUCUCCACGUCGUUAGAACAAUAUAGUGCUGUUCAGGAGUCUUUGGUAUGUAUCCUCUUCUGUAACCUGCCCUUUAUGUUAAAAAAAAAAAAUUAAAAUAAACCCACUCUUCACAUACAGCAAACUACAAACCUCAGUGUAUAGUAAGCCUACUUACUGUACAUAUUAAACCUCAGUAGUAAGGCCUGGGGAGAUUACUUACUGUACAUAUUAAACCUCAGUAGUAAGGCCUGGGGAGAUUACUUACUGUACAUAUUAAACCUCAGUAGUAAGGCCUGGGGAGAUUACUUACUGUACAUAUUAAACCUCAGUAGUAAGGCCUGGGGAGAUUACUUACUGUACAUAUUAAACCUCAGUAGUAAGGCCUGGGGAGAUUACUUACUGUACAUAUUAAACCUCAGUAGUAAGGCCUGGGGAGAUUACUUACUGUACAUAUUAAACCUCAGUAGUAAGGCCUGGGGAGAUUACUUACUGUACAUAUUAAACCUCAGUAGUAAGGCCUGGGGAGAUUACUUACUGUACAUAUUAAAUCUCUAUAGAGGAUUAGCUACUCUUAUUCUGUUGGGUUCUGGUUUCCAGGAGUGGUGUCGCUGGCCCUUUAAGACAGCAAGAAAAAUUCCCAGGCACUCAAAGUGUGAAAGCCGCAGGGGCCCUUUAACCCCUUAAGGACACAUGAUGGAAAUAUUCUGUCAUGAUUCCCUUUUAUUCCAUAAGUUGUGUCCUUAAGGGGUUAAGAGUCUAUGUUCUGUUGGGUGAGUCCUGAGCGGUCUGUGUAAUGCUUCUUGGCAAAGCAAACCCUUUCUGAGGCCUACCGAGCGAGAGAAUCCAGCCGUUGCUGUACUGCCAUGCGGAUGAGGCUUAGGAAAUCCUGGCCUCUGGGACCGCAGUGACUGGGGAUCAGAUUCCACCUCGGUCACUUCACUCAUUGCGUUUCCUGUACACCUGUUACAUAUCCGGAAUCCAUAUCACAGGCCUCCUUGUCAAUAGUCUGUUCUAAUCUGCUGGUAUCCCUGAACAUGCGGAGUGCUACUGUGUAUAGAGCGCAAAGGAUUCUACCCUAAAAGGCGGGGGCACGUUGGCGUCUACAAUGCCAACUGUGUACAGUGCGUGUAAUUACUCAGCCUGCUUCACUCCUUUGCAACAAGCAGAUACUCUCUAAGCACCAAAACCACUUCAUCUUCAUUUUGGAGUAGUUUGGUGCAUUUGGCAAUGUAAAACAUUACUGUUCCUGGGAAAUGCUAAUGUUUACCUUUUUUCCUAAAUCGCCACCCCUCCGCUAGAGACGUUUCCCCCAUGAACACCUUCAAUUUUUGUACACUAUUUUCACACGUGGCAUAAUGACACCAGACAUGUCCAAUGCUACGCAUGAAUUGGCAUUUCAAUCCAGUUUAGUCCUGGCAAAUUUCUUCUUUUCUCCUCCUCUGUCUGCUCGCUCUAUACUGCCUACCAGGUGCAAAGGACAGAGCCAAGAUGGAGGUGCCCAGGACAAUUGCAAUUAGUAUAGCGCCAACAUAUUCUGCAGCUCUGUACAAUAGGAAUCAAGACAAAUACUGUAACACUAUAGUCACCCAAAAACUUUGGCUUAAUGAAGCAGUUUUGGUGUAUAGAUUAUCCCUCUGCAGUCUCACUGCUCAAUUCUAUCAUUUAGGCCGGUGAGAGAGUUCUUUGGGCUAAUGCAUCAUCAGUAGAAUCUGUUCAACCUUUGGGUUGUAGUUUCAAAUUCCGGCAGGGUUGACUCAGCCCUUUAUCCUUCCAAGGUAGAUAAAAUGAGUGCCAUUAAAUUGGGUUAUAGGAACAACCCCUGGAUGUUGGGCUAAGGUAACAUGCCCAGGACGUACUUGAAAACCAGAGUAAUCUGAAUGUACCUUUCCUGGAAUAAUAAUAAUAAUAAAAAUAAUAAUAAUAAUAAAUUUGUUUAUGCAGUCCUAGUCACACCUUCCUGCAUGUGACUUGCAUAGCCUUCUUAAACACUUCCUGUAAAGUCAUGUAAUGUUUACACUUCCUUUGUUGCAAAUUCUGUUUUAAUUUAGAAUUGCUCAUCCCCUGGUCUGUUAAAAGCUUGCUAGACCCUGCAGCAGCCUCGUGUAUGAUUAAAGUUCAAUUUACAGAUCAAUAUAACCUUUUUAAAGUAAGUUACAUCUGAUUGAAAAUGAAACCAUUUUGCUUUCAUGCAGGCUGUGUCAGUCACAGCCAGGGGAGGCAUGGCUAGGCUGAGUAAACAGAAACAAAGAAUUGAGCAGUGAGAUUGCAUGGACAUUAUUUAUUGACAAAAACCGCUUCAUUAAGCUAAAGUUGUUUUGGUGACUAUAGUGUCCCUUUAAACUCUGUGAAAGCCAGGAAGUGCCUCUAGUGGCUCUUAAUCCAGCAAUGUUUUACAUUGCAGGAUUAAGGAGUCGUUGCACUCAGACCACUUCAUUAAAGAUUUAGUGGUCUCGGUACCUAUAGUGUCCCUUUAAUUUUAACAACCUGUAUGAUGAUUGGGAACAGUAGCAGGGCUAUUUACUACAGUGAGAAUUCAUAGUGCAUUUCAGAUUGAAGGCCAGAGAUUUUUAAAUGACUUGGAGAAGUUUUCUAUUUCAAUUAUUUUGACCUUAAAUUUGAAAUUCACUUUGAAAACCCCUGUGAGUGAAGAAGGCCCUGCCUAAUCCUUACAAUAUAACGUUUAAUACUGCAGCAGGUCCUGUUACAGAGGCUGAUUGUCCCUGAUUUAAUCUGCAUUGUCACAGAGCACACCUUGUCACUUACCUGAUAACACAGAUUAGUGCUGCUCUCCCUUUAAGCAGGACAAUGGCUGAGUCAAUGCCGCUUCCUGUCUGUCCAAUUGCUAUUCUAAUAGGCUCCUUCCUGUUCAUUGUUCUGCUAAAUGAGAGCUGUUAUGGCUGCAUUUAAUUAGUUUUUUAAAUAUUCUGCAGACUCAAAAAUAAAAUUACUUAAAAAAAAAAACCAAAAAAAAAAAAACCCAAACAAAAAGCCCAUGCGUUAGCCGCACACCUAGUUACAAACUGCUACAUUUCUCAGAAAGCUCUAUAUUUGGGUCGCUGCUUCCUAUAACCAAGCUCGUCUCCUUUUAUUGGUUUUUCUUGUAAUUGCAAACUGUUACAGACCCGGGCAGCACAGGUACACCCCUCCGCUCACCCACCACACACUGAGUAGGAGAUCCAGGUGGCUUCUAUUGAUCUGGUAUGUUGCUGCAUAAUAAAUAAUGAUAGUGUUGAGUGGCCCGCGCCUGGCCUGGGAGGUGUCUUUUGCCUUUAAUCCUAUUUUAUUAAGUGAGAUGUGUUGUAUUUGGCCCAUGGCACCCGUCCCAUAAGGGUUUGUAUUGGUGCACCUGUCUGAAUACAAUACCUGCAUCCGUCAUCAUUCAUGGAUGGAACCCCCCCCAGGACAAAGCUUUUCAAAGUAUGUUAUAUAUACUCUGUACUGGCUGCAAACAAUAUCCCAGUCCCUGUGUCCUGACUGCACCAUGUGAGCAUGCUCAUACCACUUAACCCUUUUCCUGCCAGUGAGGUGCGAAUCCUUUGAUCUGCACACUCACGUGGCUCUCUGUGGUUUUGUGGAAGUAAUGAAGUCAUCGUCUCCUUUGUGAUGAGGGACUUCUAAGGGCGCAGGGUGUUUGAAGUCGGUACAAUUGUUCAGUUCAUGAAGCAGAGAAAGCUAAUAGAUCUGAAAAUGUCUGUUUUGUUAUAAUGGCAGUCUGUGAAGUGAUGGGGGGUGAGACCUGGUUGUCUUCAUGACGACACAUGAUCUACUUUGGGAUGUCGGAUAGAACUUUUGUAAUACAUUUCCUUUUCCCAAAGUUUCAGUAGUGGUGUGCUCAGCUCUUUCAUUUUUUUCCCCCUCUUAAUCUCCAAACAUUAUAUAAAUCUUACUCCUCCCCCAGUAACAAAAGUGAGUUUUUGAAACGUAUUCAUUGAUUUGAUUCCGAACAUGUGACAGGCUGCAGGUUUACUAACAUUACCUUGUAACACAAAAUGGAUAAAGUAAACAGAGUGCAGGUCAGGAGUCCGGAUACAAGUCAAGGGCCCAUGAGCUGCACCACUGUAACCACCUAAUAGGGAGCUCCAAUGAGGGGGUAACCCUCCAAAAUAUGUAGGUAAUAGGAGUAGAUGAUGUGGAGAGUCCCACAAGGGGAAGCCAACAGCAGGAGAGCUCCACUGUAUAAGAAAUUAGGAAGGGAUGCCCUACUUUUAAUCUAUCUAAGGAUAAAAAGGGAUAUGCAAUCAAAAAGUAUAACUUGGAAAAAAAGGGAGAUCUACUAAACAGUGCCCAGGGGCUCAAUUGUCUGGAGUGCUAGCUAGCAUCUAAGUUCCAGUUCCCCUAGUGUCCGACUGACAGGAAGGUAGUGUAAACGAGGUUCCUGAUGAUGGCGUUUUGAACACGCCGAAACGUGCGUCAAGCUUUUUCUUUAAUCUCUGCACUUGGUAGCCCUUUUUAUUUUUGUUACCACUAUGGUUAUUGAUUUUUAGGUGUUUCUAACUUUAGUAGGGAGAGUUGGUUCAGUUAGACACUAGUGGUUAGACCACGGUGUCGAGGUAACGUUUUGGGUGAAUUGAGAGAUUUAUUUUUUAAAUUAUUUAUUUAUUUUUUGUGUGAGGCUUUUCAUCUGUGUUUAGACCGGAUUACCCGGUCCCUUGUUCUCUGGGGACCCUGUGCCUCUUCUCUCUCCCUAACCUCGUUUACACUAUCUUCCCGUCAGUCGGACAGAUUGAAGAGAAAGAGCUAUUUUUACAGACUUGCACAUAAAACACUGAACAGUAACGAGCCCCGCUCAACAGCUGUGUUAAUUUUACAAGUCCCGGACAACAAAUAUUUAGGCAGGAGUUUAUCAUGGGAUGGACUUGUACAAAUGGCUAAAUUAGUAUUCAGAUUUGGAAAAGGAAUGUUAGAAGGAUUACUGGAAACAGUAUUAUCACCGAAGCAUUCUGUAUGGUGUCAUAAUGUAUCAACAGGUGGAAACCAUGUGGUUUAUUCAACAGUGAACUGAAAAUAAAAAUGCAAGGUUAAGGUCAAAAUACUGCCCUGGAAAAAUCCCCCAUGGUCACGUCUGUUAUUUUGUAACAAUUUUUUAUUCAACCGUCUUGUGAAUAAAUCCCAAUUUUAGAAAUGUGCCACUAUUGUGCUACUGGGACUCUUUGAUACUGGAAAAAGUGAAAUGUAGACUCCAGUUGGUUAAGUACUACAAUUCCCACAAUGCCUUGCCAGCCUUAAGGCUGACAGAGCAUUAAGGGCGUGGUAGGCAAGGUCCAGCUGGUGAUCCAUUGUUUAGUAUGAACUCCCCGGGGCAGUCCAUAGAACGAAAGUACAGGUAAUGUUAGUAAUAGGAUAGACGACGGCCUAUUGUACGGGCAUUUCCAGACUGUGCAGCCUUCGGUUACCUGCCGCAUGUUUGAGAAUGUGUUCUCCUGUCAGGGCUGCGUUUUGUGAGCUAUCUGUGGCAUGCGGAAUUUAAGGAUUGCAUCUUACAGCAGUUUGUGUAGUCUCGCUGACCUCUCUCGCUGAGUAUUGGGAAGGUCAGGCGCACCCUCGCCAUCACGAAGACUGAUAAUAUUGUAAAUAACAGCCUUGGGGUGUUGGCUAAAUUACCAGAUGUCUGCGUGCUCACUUUUCUGUUCUUGCACUUUUCAAAUGUCUCUUUCCUUCGGUAUUGAUUUAAUCACUCCACUCCUGCUGUAAAAUAAAUUUACUUUUUUUUUUUUUAAUUAUGUUCUAAGUUUGUGUGGCAAACCUUGUUGUAAUGCUGACCUUAUCGUGAUUAAAUCUUUAUGGGAUCUUAUCGUGACCAUUUCUUAUCCAGAGAUGGCAUGUUGUAAUUUCAAACUUUAAUGUUAUUGAUUAAAGGAAUUUUACAAUGCAGUUUGAGAUCUUUUAACAAGUUACUUUUCAGGUCCGUACAUUGAAUCUGAUGUCCUGUGCGUAUUGACUUGGAGAUGGUCCGGGCUCUUGUAAUAUUAUGUUAUGGUGAUAUUACCCCAAACCUGUGUAGUUUUUAAAUGGCCGCUACAGAAGGUGGUAUCACCAAAAUGUGAAAUGGCUUAUUGCUGAUAAUGGGGCGAUUUGUGUUGGUGACAGCCAGUCUACGAAUGCUUGGGUUGGACAGGGCUCUAGGCUGACAGAGCAUCACGGGAGUUGUCCUACAGUAGCUAGGGAUCUCUUUUUUUUAUUUUUAUUUUUAAACCAUCCUGCCCCAAUCUGUUCCAAAAAGACGAAUACUUUUCAGUUUGCAGAGCAUACGUGUGUGUGUUCUGCAGAUUGUCUGUGUAAUCCCAUGGUUUAUUCACUAAACCUGGAUUCUAAGGAAUUGAAAUUUGAGCAGUAAAAUUUUGUCUAAACUUGCGGAGCUGUGACUCUAUCUGAAUUGGAGAAUUUCUGUAAAUCUGCUGUUUUGGCCUGAAUUUUGCUCUUUCCAGUUCGCUGCAGUUUGAUGUUUAGUGAACAUGUUUCACAUUGCAUGUUCUAGCUGGUGCCAUGGCCACAGGGAUUGCUAAUGAGAGCGUUCCUUGCUUUGACAAUAGGGUGCGACUUUUAUUUUUUGAAUUUUAUGGUCUGUGCUAACCGCAGGUCAGGACCUGGUCCCGUCCCGCACUGUCUGUCUGUUUUGCAGAUGUUAUUCCAGAGAGAAAGCUAGCUCAGCCUUUCUUUUCAUUUGAGCUAGGCCGUCAGAAUACCCUCCUGGCUCUGAAUUCCUCCAUCCUGUCCACUCAGAGCCUGCGGCUGCGUUGGCUUUUUUUUUUUAAUCUAACCCUUACAGUCCCAGAGGAGUGCCUGGUGCAUGCUGUCAGGCUUAGGAAUAGAGGGCCAGUGAAUAAGUGUGAGCAAGGUAGAGAUGGCUGAUUUAUACUAUGAUCUGUCAUAUUUAUUCUUUACCUUUUUUCUUUCAUCACAAUAUAAAGUCCCCCUUCUAGUCACAAUCAUGUACCAUUGUGUGUGUUUCUUUUCCAUCCAUGUUUAAUGGUGGCUUGGUAAAGUCUCUGGCUCUGCUGGUCCUGUAUUUAUAUCCCUCUUUCUGUCAGUGACAUGAUGGCAUUGCAUUGAGUGGCAUGCAAAACGGGUGAUACAAUGUAACAUUUGCCCAUACAAUACUUGUAUAGUUACCAGCCAUUAAACGAACCCAGUAAACCUCAAAUCUCACUCCUAAUCGGUCACCGGCUCCUUCCUGGUGUACUGUUGGCAAUGCUACAUGACUGCUUUUAGGAUUAUAUUUUCGGCACCGUUGUUGGUCUCUUCCUUCCCUCUGUGACUGUAGUUAUGACACAGACCAUGGGGGUCACCUUGGAGAGUCCGUAUAAUCUGCACCUGCGCACCGCCACUAAUGAUCAUAAGCAGAUUAGGCCUCCUGCAGCCUGUGCUCUUGUACGUCCCAGCGAGGACAAAGUGUUACUAAAUUAAAAACUUCCCUUUCUCAUUAGAAGCACUGAAGUUCUUGUAGUGAAGUGAAAUGAUGGCCAACAUGCUGACUACCUCCCAUCAGUCCCGCCUGGUAUUGCAUUGGGUAUCCAUCCGAUUCUCACUCAUUCUAUAAUACAAUUAGCAGCUGAUGCAUUUUCAGAUCUGCUUGCUACAAGUUUUAUGUCUAAAGAUCUCUCGAUUUCUGGUUACUGUUGAGAACAGAUCGCGCACUGCCAUGGGACAAAUGACUUUAACCCUUGUAUUGCCAGAAUAAAAUUCCUAUCUUUCCUUUAGAUGGGACUGAUCACUGUGACGAGCAAUAACUGCUGUAGUAUUCGAGCAGCCGCUUGUGCGAAGGGUUAUAGUCACAUUAUUUUGCAAUGUGACCGUCCUCCCCCCGAGUACUUGAAACAAUUCACUCUCUCAGCAUUUUUCAUUUCUCAGAAGCAACCUGCCCAAAUUUCUCCGAAGUGCUUUUCCCAAGAACAAAGAUUGGAACCUGGUCACCCGUCUAAACAGCCCAAUUUGCUGAAGACGGUUGAAUCAUAGAUUAGUUAAUUUAAAACGAUCUCUCCUUGUUAGACACACAUAAUCUCGCAACAAUCUGUAGCUCAACUUGGUCUUCACUGAAUCGAAUAUCCUACUUUUCAGUUCUUUUACCUUCCUGUUACAGAUUGUGUUAGGGUCAUCUUUAUGUAACCGCUAACGGAGUCUAUUAGGGAAUUAAUUUUCAUAGUAAGAAGGUUGGCCUUGUGCGUUCUCAGCCCUCACAUCUGAUGUUUUGUUCAAAUUCACUUGAUCCUAUGUCUUUAAUAACUGUCUUUUGUUUUGCUUUAUACUGGCAAUGUUUUCCUGGAUAAAUAGGCUAUAGAUGUGAUCUGAGCAAUGUGUGUCUCUUCGUGAUAUAUUAGAGCAUAAUAUUAUGUUCUCUACACUUGGUGGUAGCAAAUGUAUGGUCAAAUUACUUCUGCUUUAAGGUCUCAAAAUAAAUCUGUGGCUGAUGUGUUCACACAGGACAGACCUUUGAGUCUAAGCAGGUUACUGUAUGGAUAGUUAUAUUAUCCAGAGACGGAAUCUUCAAAACCUGCUCAUGGAAUGCUACUAUAACCUUGAAAUUCACACACUUUACGUGUGUAUGUAUAACAAUAUGUGGACUAUCCACGGACUUCAGGUGGAAGGGGUUUUCAGUCACUUUUUUCCUCUACCAUAACUUCAUUGGUUUGUACUCAAAGUAACGCCAAGCCUCAAUAGCAAGCCAGUAACCAAACUCCUGCUGAUGAGUUGCAUUAACAACUAAACCGUCCAUGAGUGGGUCACUGGCUUUGCAUCUCUUCCUGAGUGGUUUUAAAAGCUGCUGUAUACAGCAAACACAAACUUCAAGAAAUCUGCAAAAAUGAUUCUUUGUUAAACUAACUUGUGUGUAUGUAUACCCACCCAGAAUCCCUUGCAGUAGUGACAUCACUGCAAACUUGCGAUUUCUGUAUGAAAUGGAAGUAUUAUGGCUUGACUGGUGAGCAGAUCUGUGUUUAAAAAUUUACUACAUAUGUAUCUUAAUGCUGAACAGUAAUCCUACUAGCAGCCUGCCCUGCAGAAUGAAUAUAAAGCUUGGAUAAGAUUUACUUUAGAAAAAUCUAAUUAUCGCUUUUCUGCUUAUUUGAAACUUGUUAGACCGGUCUCUCUUACCCGUCGCUGAUUUAGAAGUAAACGUUUGUGUACUCACCCCAGUAGACACGGUUGAAGCAUUGACUGGGGUGGGCAUAAUAGGAAAUUUUCAGGUCUGUGGUGAUGUCAUUGAUGUGGGAUGCUUGCGUUGUACUCACGCGCACUCAGCGCAUACUCUGUGAAAUGCCAUAUUGGUUUUAUUAAUUGCGCUAAUGAUUAUUCUUGACAUUUGCUGUGUAAUCUAAAUGAUAAUUACAGGUUCAUUCUUUAAAGCUAGAAUUCAGAGUGUCAAAUGUAAGGCCAGAGUAGCCAAACUGAUAGCAUUGCUAACUUGGAGGACUUUUCCAUUUUGGCUAAUUUGACCUUAAAUUUGAAUAUACUUUGAUUUAGUUUUUAGUGGAUAGCUCUGUUAGUAUGGAGAGCUGAGAAGGAAAAAAAAUCACAUUUUAAGAUAAAGUAACCAAUCCCUUCUCUGCACUCUUGUUUUGGCAUACAAUUCACUAAUCUGUUUUCCACACAAUCCAGUUUAGUGAAUAAAUAAGUUUUCUAUGCAGACACUUGAAAUUCUAAUUUAUUAACGAAUAGAUGGCUUUGAUUUGUGGUCUCAGUAACCUGUAACAAUCAAUCGUACAAGUUUUCAUGUUGUAAACGGUGGCCUGCCGCGACUCUGUAAUGGAUGCUGUGACUGCCACGGAUUGAUCCCGUGAGGUCCCCCGUCUGUGUCAGUGCGCUGGACUGCUGGUGGAGAGAAAGUGGGAGUGAUGAGGACAUAGGGACUUAUUUGUACGUGCAGUUUUAAUUAAUUUCACCCAUAAAUGUUUCAGGCAAUCGAUUUAAUUCAGAUCUUCUACUGCAACAGCCAUUUUUACGAAAGCACGAUGUGGCAGAUUAUAAAUCACCGUACUCUGGGGUUUAUUGAUUGCGUUACUGAAUGUUUGUUUUUAUCGGUGGAAAUCUGUCGACCAGCAUAGGUUAAUUUUCUGUUGGAAAUCACUCUGUAAUUUGCCUACAGUGAGCUGCUAUUUUUCCUUUGUCUUUCAAUAAAGGUAUUAAGUAGUACAGUGUCUUGUCUAGAGAAGUGAUAUGCUCUCCUUCUUUCACCCCCACUUAACCCGAUCUAUCCAGUGAAUAAAGCAACAGCAAAAUGGGGAGGAUGCUUGGCUCCAUAUACAUUUAAAAUAUAUAUAUUUUUUUUCUUUAAAUUAUCUCCACUUGAACCACACAGCAUGCAUGGAGUAUGGAAGGCGCUGCGUUUUAUAACCUGGAUUUGCUGCAGUUUAACUCCCGAGGCCUCAGUGUAUCUGACUUCAUUUUUCAUAAUCCAUAUACGCUGUGCAGAAUAAAGCCAGAAUCAUUAAACAUUCCCAGACUGUACCUCGAUGGCUCCUCAUAUCGUGACAGCCAUCAAAAUGGAACCUUCAAGAGAGACACUUGGGAGCCUUUAGGAUCUGUAACAUUUUUGCUUCCAAGCAAUUUUGAAUUUAAAAAAAGAAUUGUCUGAUUUGGCAGGAACAUAAAACGCGGUCUUAAUUCCCAACAUACUUGUUAAAAAGUAUGUAUUGGAGAAUUAAAUCUGUCGUCCGCUGCCUUUUGCAACAUACUUGGCAAAUUGGUGGCCGUGUGCAGCGAUUUCAAAUCGAUAAGUGUUACAGCCACAGCUAGACGUGGUCCAUUUCUGAUGACUAAACACUGACUAAGCAUAUCUGAUGCUUAUUCACUAAACUGUAAAUUGCUAAAUUCUAUCUCGUACGUUUCCAGCUUUUAUUUCCUUUAUCAAUGGCCCAAAAUUUCCUUAAUACGGAUCUUUAAAGGGACUCUCCAGUGCCAGGAAAACAAAUCUGUUUUCCUGGCACUGCAGAAUCCUACAGUGCCCCUCUCCUAUCCCCUAUCCCAUGUUGCUGGGUCAAGCUCCGCCCACGCUCCUACCCCCGCCGACGUCCGCCUGCGGGGUAGAUUUAAUGCACAUGCGUGACAAUGGCCACACACGUGCAUUAGACCUCCCCGUAGGAAAUCAUUAUUCAAUACUUUCCUAUGGGGAUUCCGGCGAUGCUCGUGGUCCUCAUGCAUAGCGUGAGGACGUCCAGCGUCGUGUAGACGACCAAAAGCAGUCUAAGCCAGAAGUCCCUCUAGUGGCUGUCUGACAAAAACUGCAAUAAUUACACUUGCAGGGUUAUGGGUGAUGUGAGUUGGCACCCAGACCACUCCAAUGGGCAGAAGUGGUCUGGGUGCCUGGAGUGUCCCUUUAAAUAAAGUUUCAAAACUUUUGACCCGAGAGAUCCAGUGUUGGUCGCAGAGUGCAGGUGAGUUGAAUCUUACCUCAAGCUGUCCCUCGCGGUGAUUGCUGUUUUCAUCCUGCUGUCUUCUUUGCUUAGUGCCAGGGGCUGCGUUAAUGCUGUACUUUGGCACGUGUGUGAGAGUACAGCAAUGAGGACUAUGGAGGAUCCUACGAGAUCAGACUCCAUUUAUCGGUGUCUGAGACCCAUGUCUGUCGGGAUUCAACAAAAUUUGACAGCUGAGCUCUGCCUUAUGUCAACCUCUGAUUUAUAAAACAUCGUAGUCUUUACUUAGUGUUUUUGGAUUGUUGGAAUUUCAGUGAGAUUGCCCCAGUCUUGAUCAGUAUUUGAACAUAACUUUAUAAAAUACUGAAAAUUUACUGAUCUGCUUUAAGUGAAUAAACCCUCUCAUUUUCUGCUGGUGUGAAUUCUCAUAGUUUAAUCUGCUGGAACUUUAAAACAAACUUCAGGACUUGGAUAAAAUUUCAGAGGACAAGAAGAAAUCAUGGGAAAUGUGCCAGUUUUCAUCAGAUAUAGCCAUUUUGAAGCGGUUUCUAUACUGAAUUCCUGUAGAAUUAUCUAGUUACCGGUUAUAUCUUAUCGUAUCUUCUUGCUUGAUGUAUACAGCCAUCUGAUAUUGGUCAUUCCUUUUGUCAGUGCCUAGACAGACAUGCUGAUCUACUUGGUGGGAGAGAACCUGUGCAAAUAUCCGGUUCGCAGGUUCCAGUCCCUGCAGAAUCAACUCAGUCUUUUUUCAUUUAAAUUCCAUAAAAUAAGUUUCAUUGUGCUGGUCAGUGCUAAUCCCAUUGUUUUAGUUGAGAAACGUGUGUUAAGGUGAGCCCUUGUAAAAGUUACAUAAAUUGUUGGAAAUCUUAAAGGGGAAACUUUUCAUUGUCCAAACUCCUGAAUUUCCAGAAGAAUCACCAUAUGGGUGGGUGGGGAAGGAAGCGAGGUUAUGUGAGGCCAAUAAAAACAAGGCACGGCUGUUGUCUGAUCUAUCGCUCGCUAAGCUGCUCUGUUCUGACCUUGUUAGUCAGCAGAGAUCUUAAUGAAGGUCACGUGGUAACAAUCUUCCUACCUUUCUGAAUCCGCAUCUCAUGGCGCCGCUUACCGCAGCCUAGCUUUGUAGAGAGAACAAGAAUCCUGAUAUUGUUAAAUGAUGUGCACGCAGCCAUUAGCAGAACCUCCCCCAAUAAUGCUGAGACCUCUUGGGGGCACCACGUCCAUUACGAGUGCUUGUGAUAGAGGACCUGUCACUUCCAGCUAAAACCUUUUUUUUUGUGUUCUUAUUUAUCCUUAUCCCAAAGUACGUCCAUCCUUCUGUCCUGGUGAUUUCAGACUGAGCGGCUGGAAGUUCUUGCGGGUAGCAGACGACCAGUCUGUAUCAAAGUCCCCAUUUAUAUUGUAAGGCCGACGGCGUUGGUGGUCAUUGGAAAUAGAAGGUUCACUACGUCUGCAGUGUCAAGGCUAACUUUUCUGCUAAAGGCAAUAGGGUUAAUUGUUUUUUUUUUUUAAUUUUGAAUUCUAAUUUUUUUUUUAUAUACAUUUAAACUAUAUUGAAAUAAGAAAGGGACAUUUUAAUACUUGUGUUUUUAAGGUUUAGCGAUGUACCCUCAAAAGAAUACAGAACAUCUAUAAAUAUUUUUGUUAAUGCCUGUCAACAGACUGAUGAAGUUUUCCUUGCUCAUUGUAGUUCAGAACGAUAUUGAUUGCUUCUCAGAGAUAAUUAUCGAUUUCGAUGCUUCUCUGUAAGAUGCAUUGCUGGUCGGUCUAAUUCUCUGAGAAGCCUCUGAUUGGAUACAAGUCUUCCAGAUGCAGUGAAAGAUUCUCCCACCAUUGGAAUAAAGGUCUGUUGCUGAAAUGGGGAGCCCAGUAAUCUAGAGAUGUUUAAAGAAGACGCGCUAGUGUGUGUAUUUUAAAUAAUUUUUUUUUUUUUUUUUUUUUACCUUUUUAGGAUUGAAUAGUAGUAAUUGCCGGUAAAACCUUGUAUCUAUAGGAACAGGGCUGCCUUAGCUAUUCUCUUGGGGGAAAAGUGGUUACAUUGGGAGUCGGAUACAAGGUCUGCAGUCAAACUGCUACAAAUACUCAGUUGGCCAAGGCUGAAACCUUUUAGAAUGUCAGAGAAACUUUCAGAGAAUAAACGUCUAUCUGUGUAAUACUAACAAUUUUAUGAAUAUAUAUAUAUUCAGACUGGUUUAAUUCCGCUCUUAGAGACUCACAUGAGCUCCCCAUAUUCCACUGUCGGUAACCCAAGUUAAUUUGGAUCUAUCCUGAUAAGUGGCAUAGUUUAACCCAAACAAGGAUCAUGUAGAACUGAAAGUUAUUGGGAAUUGUCAUAUUUUGAUACUUAAAAAAUAAUUUAAAAAAAUUAUUUCUCCCCUCGCAUUUGAUUCACCAAUGAAUAAAUUUUUUUGCAGAUUUCUUAGAAAACUGUAUAUUUUUGGGCAAAAUAUCUUGGCUGGAAAAAUGAUCAUAAUUGGAGAAUUUUUAGCAUGGCUUGGACUCCGUUACCAUCACUUAAUGCCGAUAGACCCUCACAUUGUAGACUUGGUGAAUAAACUGGUUAUCCUGCAGGAUAAGCUCAGUUAAAUUACCAUGGUUACUGGGACCCCCUGGGCUGGCGAUUUUAUUUUUUAUUCUUAUCUUGGUGUAAGGUGUCUGGGCAGAGUUGCGGUAUAAAAAGCUGCAUUUACAGAGUUUAACCCAAAGACUGUGAGGUGUAACUCCACCUAUGACCACUUAGCUGGGGAGUCGUUAGCCCGUAACAAGUUCUGUGCUGGCUAAUGUCCGUUCUGUACAAGUCUACAUGCUCGGUGUGCUAUUCAUUGGCGGAGAGUUGUCAGCGAACACUCAGCCAAUGAAUGACAACGUGAUGAACUGGUGCAGCUCACCAGAGAUUGGAAGUAUCUCCUUACAGUAUAGGAGCCUCUGAGUUCGUCCUGGGACCCAACUAAGAGGGCGAACCUUUGCUAAACAGUCCAUUAUCGGGGAGUUAGGCCGGGGUAGAGUGGGCUGUAGAGCUACUAAUGCUUGUAGUAACCCUUUAAAUAUGUUUUAAUAGCUCUAUAAUGAUCUUCCUUGCUUGCAUUGAGCCCGGUCUGGUUUUCCCAUUGUCCUUACUGUUUGUACCCCAUUAAUCCAUACACUUUUACUUUGUACGUGUUUUUACAAGCUUCCUUGUACCCCAGGCCUUAGUCUGGUUUCUCCUUAUCCUGCGGACUUGCUGAUACGUGGCUGAGAUUGUUUGCGAUGCUCAGAUUGUAGCUUCUGUUAAUCUGCAUUUCAGUGUGUUUGAAGUCUAGUUGUCCGUUUAACCAUAUUCCUUGUACAGAGCUGAAAAUUUUAUUGCAUUUUAACGGACAAGAUAGAAUUAGCUACUAAAUAUUUUUUACAUUUUUUUUAAAUGCAAAUAUUGCACAUAAAAUAAAAAAUAAUAAAUUGAUACCUUUUCAAUACUUGUGCUUGCAGCUUUUCAAUCAGUGUUCACAAAACCAGGAAAUAGAUCAGCCAAUCGGGAAGGUACUUUUUUUCAUAGCGAAAUUAACAUUGUAUGUUAAUUCAGGACUUUAAUUUGGCAUUUAUCUCCUGCUCUGUGAAUAGCUUGCUAGACCCUGCAGGAAUUUCCUGUAUCCAAUAGAAGUUUAAUGUACAGAGGAGGAGAUAAACACUUUUAAAGUAAGUUACAUCUGAUUGAAAAUGAAAUCAUUUUGUUUUCAUGCUGGCUGUGUUGGUAACAGCCAUGGGAGAUGUGGCUAGUGCUGCAUAAAUAGAAACAAAGGGGAUUUAACUCCCAAAUGGCAGAAAAUUGAGCAGUGAAACUUCAGAGGCAUGAUUGCUACCCAAAACUGCUUAGGCUGAAGUUGUUUUGUGACUAUAGGGUCCCUUGAAGCUAUGAAUGGUCCUGCUGAUAGGGGCGCAAUUAUCCACUGUAUGCACACUAUAGGUGUAAUAACAUAGUCCAACCUUACACCAUAACCUUAUAGCUGCAGUUAUAAUACACUGUGUGCAGGGAGACAGGGGACCUCCUUAUAGCUGCAGUUAUAAUACACUGUGUGCGGGGAGACAGGGGACCUCCUUACACCAUAACCUUAUAGCUGCAGUUAUAAUACACUGUGUGCGGGGAAACAGGGGACCUCCCUACAUCAUAACCUUAUAGCUGCAGUUAUAAUACACUGUGUGAGGGGAGACCGGGACAGAGAACCUCCUUACACCAUAAGUUAUAAUACACUACAUUAUUCCAUCCUCUUUGGAAAGAGCUGAAAGUGUCCCUUCAAUGUAUUUAGAGGGAUAUUCUGUUUAAUUUCCGUUGGCCCUUGAUUGCGUUCACCAUUUUGAUAUUCAUUGGGUUUUAAUGAAUGUACCAUGUUAUAAAUCAUUUUGAAUAUAUUUUUUUUUUUACCUGGUUCUGCCUGAACCCGCUGUGAUUCUCAAGAUUUCAAUUUAUAUUAAUGAAGAAAUGGCUCAUCUGCUUUUCAUUUGAAUUUUUUUUCCCUUUGCAAAUGCAGAGAGAUUUCUUUGCUAGCCGGGAACAAUGACAGUACAGAAUAGCAUGCGCUGUGAGUCCAUCUAAUCCUCUGCUGGCUGACCUAAAUUCCAGCUCAGGGGAGCCUCACUUUGAUUCUAAAAAGCGAACAAAAGAAAAUAUUUCAGUGUUUUUCUUCUCUGUCCAAAUGGUAGCGCACAUUAUUUAGAACCAAUUAAAAAAUCUUUUGCCCCAUUCAAGAAAAAAUAGCAGAUUUCAUAUAGUCCAUCAGUCAUGGCCCAAAUAUUGCAUUAAUGGGGUUUGGGGUUGAAAGUAUGGGAUAAAAAUUCUGUCUUAAUAUAAACCCACCCAGUAUAACUAACUGUAACCUAACCUACACAGUGCAUCUAACGUGUGGGAGCCUGGAGUGUCCCUUUAAUAAUAUAAACCCACCCAGUAUAACUAACUAUAACCUAACCUGCACAGUGCACCUAACAUGUGGGUGUCUGAGUUCAUUUAUGACUGAUGGCGUUGGAAAGUGUGACCUUAAAUUGGAGGUUGGUAGCUGUGUAUUUAUUUAUUUAUUAGUAUUGUACAGAAAGGGAGGGGAAGCGCUUUACAGUAUUUCUCGAUGAUAUAUCUAACUGAGAUGGUGAAAUAUAUUAUGCAGUAGCUCUAGUAAAAUGGAAGGAUAAGUACAGAAUACACUGAUUUUGGGAGUUCUUGAAAGCUUCACUUGUAUGAGUGUGAAUGCUACAAUCCCCACUUCAGGAUUCUUGUGGGUUCAUUUGGUCUCAGUCAGUAAAAAAUAUAAAACUGAUUUAGACUAAUCUAGUGCAGUAUAUCUGGAUAAAAAUUAAUCUGUAAUAAAAUGAAAAUGCACUCCCGUGGUAUGGAGCCUGUGUGUUGAUUCCUAAAAUGUAGCAUGGAGUCCUAUAAUCACCACUCAGGGAUACUGGUGAGCAACCAUAAUCUCUGUAUAUAGGGUAUGCAAUAAAACUGAAAUAUAGUGCACACUGUAAUAUUUCUUGGUGCAAAUAGAGGUAAAAUCACUUACAAGUGUGGAGAAAAGGGGGAUUUUGCUUAAUACAGCAUAAUUGGUAUGUUCUCCACCAAGGAAAGUGUUGUCCAGUAUAAGAUGAAUUAAACACAGGAGGGUCCAGGGUGUCUUAAACAAAUGAAUCUUUUUAUUCUAUAACCAAGCUAAAAAAAGUCUGGUAAAAUAACACGAAUGUGUUGUCCCCAACUGAAAGGUUGCUUUCGUGCAUCCCAGAGUUGGGAAUAUGACACUCAAUGCUAUAUUUUACGAGUCGUCACACAGGCUCCAUAUCAUGAUUGAAUUUUCACUUUUAUUACUUCAUUUUAUUACUAAAAUUUUUUUUAAAAUCUUUAUUUUUGCUUUGACAGAUCUAUAUUGUGGGGAAAAAUAGUAGAUAGACUAUCAAUCAAAACGUACAAGAUAUACACAGUUAGUACACCACUUUCCAUGUUAUAACAGAAGAUGUCUGUGUCUCAAGGCUAUCGUCCGCGUCUUUUGAAGCAAUCUUGAAUAUAAGCUGUCGGUUUUAAUGUAUAUUGUAACUAAAAACACAUAAGGUAUAAAGAUGAACGUGGUAAACAUCUGUCCAGGUGGGUGUUGUAGUUGCUGAAGUGUAUAAGACUUUUUCAUGCCGUGUUAAGCGAGUCACGCUACUUGGCUUCACUUGCCACAUUAGAUAAUAGAUCCGGGGGAGAAGAAGAAACCAGAAAGGUAUGGGUGAAAAAUCUUUGUCAGGUAGGUUAGAAGAUGUUCUUGUGUUUGGUAAGAUGAUUGAGCCCGGGGCACCUUACAGACUCCCUCUUAUAUAGUAGUAUUGUAUGUCAGAAAAGGUGCUCGUCACGUGACAUAGAAAGGUCUUUAUUUCUCACUGGAUAGGAAUACCCCAGUCUCUGAGCUGCGUUUUGGUAUUCGCGCGCCUUCGGACUCAUUAGCAGCCGACCGAGCGCAAGCAAUUGGUUCUUUGUGUUCUUUUCAUGCAAGUUAUUUCACAUGGCUGUAAACGCUCAGUCUGUGGCCGGCUACUUUGUCCGAUCUUUAAUUUCCAGCAGUUCUGACAAAUUUAGUUGUUAAUCCUCUUUUUGUCGUCGUCCCCCCGCCCCACCCGCUCUGUGGAUGUGGAAAAUCUACGAAGGCUCCUUCAAGUGUAAUACGUUGGUCACAGAAUCCUUCAACCUGGCCUGUCUCUAAGUUCUCCAGUGUGUGUAGGAUAAAAAUUGGAUUGAUUUUACACUUUAUAUUUUCAGAGCAUUUGUCGCCUGUUUGUAGGAAUCUUGGCAAUAAUUUCACUUUUGAGGUGGGGGUGAGGGGGAUGCAAAUGCGACCCACUAGUCUUGUGAUGUUCGUUUUUGUCUUGGGUACAAACAAUGCUGGGAACUGUCUCCUUUGCGUACCAGUACCUCAGCCAGGGUAAUAAUUAACAGUUCUUCUGCCUGCCUGUUAUUUUGCCGCUCUUGCUUUUUUUGUUGCCUAACUUUUGGCGUUGUUUUAAGGAAGUUCCUUUGUUCAUGUUUGUAUAACUUUAAACCUUUUAACUAAAGGGGAAGUUACCCCAAAACAGGUGCAAAGCCUGUGCCUGCUAUUAAUAGGGUGUUUUUCAGGAUGUGAUAUAAUGAUUAACCCCUUAUGUAGCAGCAUUGUGCUAAAGGUUUGUGAUUUGAUUUGUACACCUUUAUCUGUCUAGGAGUUGUUGUUUUUUUGAGUAACACAAGCUGAUGAUUUAUAGAAGGAGGCCAAAGGAGAGUAAUUUCGUUGGAAUAUUAUGAGCUGGCUCGUGUGUGUGUUUUUACCUGUAGUAGUGCAGGUAACAUAGAAACAAACUUUGAUAUUUAAGGAACUGUAAAUAAAUGUCGUGAGGUUUUUUCACUCUCCACAGAAUUGUUAACCAUUAAAAAUAAAAAUUGUUUAGAAAAAUUCUCCAACUGUGCUGCUAUAGUAAUGCCUUGGCCGUUUUUAGCUUCUUUAAUUUUGGUUUUCAGUUCUCUGGAGUUCAGUGUUUUUAAGGGUGAGAUUCUGAAUUCAGUCUCUGUGCUGAUUCUUAUUGACUUUUAUUGCAGUAUUUUGUGGGUGUGUUUUGUUGGCCACAUGGAAUGCUCUUUCCAAACCUGAUUUAUCAAGCCAUGACUGAGCAUUAACUACGACAUGUUGGCUGAAAAUCACUGUGCAGGUUAUAUAACUUUGUAUUUUGUUAAAGGGGAUCUUUCCCCUCCCAGGAUUAUUUAAUAUUCUAUUUACGUAUCCGCUAUAUUUAUAAGAAAUUUAAACUAAAUGUUGAAAUUCACACCCUUAUUCUGCAGCUGGACGCCUCCAUCUUGGCUCCCUGUCAGCCAUUGUUCUAAGUUCUGUCCUUUGCACCUUGCAGUCAGCAUAGAGAGUGCAGACAGAGAAGGAAAGAUAUGAAACAAUGUUCUCUUUUGCAAUGCAUUUUUACUGAACUGGAUUUGUCUCCUUUUUAUAAAUAUUUAAUGUUUAAAUUUAAAGGAAAACAAAGCAGUGUGGCAAAGGGGGUUUACACAAUUUGUACGUAGUAUAGUUCUGAAAGAAAUGCUAUAGAUUUGUUCUGUGCAAUAUAAAGGAUUGAAUUACCAUCUCCAUGGUUAAUGGUCACCUGGAUCUUACCGCGGCCCCUGUCGCUGUAUAAAUGUCUCUUUGCCUUGCUAGGUUUGUGUCUGUGCUCGGGGGAGCCUUUGGCUCUGUUUCUAUAGCUACAUGUAGUAGCUGACAAUUGUGUGAUAAAUAAUUGAACCUGCUCAUGUGUUGGCGUGUGUAGGUUUAGUGCACUUGGUUAAUCAUUAACCCAUUCCCUGCAUGUCUUCAGUGGCUCACUGAUGUAAUGACAUGAAAAUGGUUUGAAUUCCAUGUCAUGGAACAGGGGUCUUUAUAGCAACGGAACCUACGGUUUCACAGUUUACUCUGUUGCAAAAUGCAGUUAAUUUAAUUUUUUUUUUUUCUAUUUUCAUGGAGUCACACAUUGACUUGCAGAGCAUGUGAGGUAUGCCACUGUGACUCAUGAUAAACAAGGGGUUCAUUUUAUUAAUAAAUAAAAAUAUUAUGCCCAAACUCUCGCCCCGAAAAGUGUUAGCUGUGAUAUUGCCAGUUAACAGUGUUUAUUACCUGUCACCCGCUUGACUGAUGGUUGAGAUUACACUUUGCUUUCAAGUAUCGCUUUAUGGAAGAAAGCGCUAUGCUAAGCCGGCUAUCAUUCGGAGCCAGUUUGGGCAAAUAAUGUGUUUUUAUCUUGUAUGAGUAAUUUUAUUAUAUUGGGGUGACAGAUGUGAAUAAUUUAUUGCUUUUCGAUCUGUUAACAGCAAGUGAUUUAAUCAUUCAAGAUCCUGAUUGUUUAAAUAUCCAGCCUAUUUGUACAUGUGGCGUUGAUGCAAUAUUGGGCAAUGUUGCUGUCCAUGUUUUUAUCAGAGCUAUUCAUUUUCUGGGGGUGUCUUGUCCCCAACCUUCAGCGUUUUUGAUAAUUUUCUUAUUUAAACUCUAAGGAAACCCUUUGCGACCCAACAGAUUCAAUUUUUUUUAAAUUUUUUUUUUUUAUUGGGCAUUUUAUCUUUUUGGGAAGUUGUAAAGAUUCCACCGAUCUGACAUUUCCAACAUUGGCUCCAUUUUUUUAAUUAAAAUUAUUAAAAUGUCUCUUCCUGUAGAGUUUGCUUAAAGUGUUUUAUUAAAAAAAAAAAAAUAAAAAUAAACAUUUAGGAGAAGGUUUUUGGUGGUAGGAGAUUUUACAAUGCAUGUGGCUUCGGGGCAUCUUGAAUAAUAUUUAAGAGGAAACUGAUAAAAAUCUGGUUGUUAAAUAUAAUGCUUCUUUGUCAUACACAGUGCUGCUUUCCACAUUGGGUGCCAUUUUCCCUGGACGUGCUCCCCGCUAGUUUCCCAGGUAGCUCCAGUGGGAUCCUAGAAUGCAUUCCGUGGUUACAUAGUGAUUUUUAGACUGCGUUUGGCAUAGUUGGCCACCUGUGCUAUACAGCUGGAGCAUUUCAUUGGUGUCCUGAUUACACAGCAUUGUACGCUGCACUUUGUGUAUUUCGUAGGUGUUACUGAAAUUCAGAUGCAAACACAGAUUAUGCUUAAACAGGUUUUGUAGGAAUGCCUUUUUUUUUUAAAAAAAAGUUUUUUUUUUUUUUUUGUUUUUUUUUUUUUAAAUUUAUAUCCAAUCUAGCGCAAGUGGGAAUUCUUCGCCAUAUGGUGUUUUCCAAAUUCUGGUGCUUCGCUCCUUGCAGACAUGUUAAAUAUCCUAUCGCAGCAAAAAUCUACCCAAUGCCCCGCUCAAUGAAACCUGCAAGGGCUAUUACUUCCCAGUGGAUAGGUAAUGCAGCUUACAUGAGAUUUAAAACCCCCGGAGCGCAGAGACCGUUUUUAUUGAAGCCUAAUUACUGAACUAAUUACGUUUUCUCGUAGAAUGGCCUUAAUUAAAAAUGCUCCUUCAAGCUUAAAGCUCCCUCGUGGUUGGCGUGCGGCACUGCAGGUGAUGGGCUACCAUUCACAAUGAUGCUUCUAUUUUACAGUAGUAUAUCCAGUAUGGAGGUUACCUUGAGGUGCAGCCCGCACACCAAGAUGCUGUUUCCUCGGUUCGCUUUCCCGAGGUGUUUUUAAGUUUUUAUUUUUUUUAUUUUAUUUAUUUGUCCUGGAAUGCAUUUUUAAAUAACCGUCCAAGAAAAAAAACAGCCUAACAAACUUUCUCCUUUGUUCUACAGAUUACAAAGCGAACUUGGCUCAUUGAUGCCUUUCACUGAGUAAUUAUGUGGUUACAUUGUGUUGUAAUAGUUUUAGUAGAGUUGAGUCAUAUAUCUUCGUUGAGAAGGAAGGUAGGUCCCUUCCCCCCCCCCCCCUCCACCACUUGCUUUAGCAUGUGCAAAAAAGCUCAGCUCGCCAGGUAGAGUCCCACCACUGUGGAUUUUCCAGUAUUUGUCCUCCUUUGCACAAGUCUGAGUAACAAAGUAUUUUAGACCAGCGUUCCUUUUGUAAUUGUAUACUUUCUGCUUUUCCCCAAUUUCACAGCGCUAUGGAAUGUGGUGUUGGCUUAUAAACAUUAAAAAUAGAUACAGAAUUUAUUGUUGUGCAUUGCUUCAGAUAUGUAACACAAAUGGCCAUGUUUGAAUCUGUUCAUAUUUAUUAAAUUGUUACCGGCCCAGUUUGCGGGGGUGCUGUAGGCCUCACUGUCUAUGAAGAUAUUAUCUGUGACUGCUGUGCUGGAAUUGUCAAUCCCAUUACCAUUCUCAUCAGGCAGAGUGCCCCAGUGAACGUUUCUCCAUAAUUGGGGAGAAUUUGCAUUUAGCCCCCUGCCAGCUCUGUCCAUAUCUCCAUACAUUUUCCUGGUGAUGUGGAUUAUAAAGCCAUAUGCUGAGCUAUGCUUACCACCUCACGCCAUAUGCUGUGUGGAUCGCUGAGCGUUUCACCCGACAGGAGGCUGCCGUUUGAGGAGGUUACCUUUAUUAUUUGGAUGCUGACACCUGUCGAGUCUGGUUACCUCUGCUCCGUUUUGAUGUUUCCUCAAAUUUCCUUUAUCCUCAUUUUAUCUGAUGUGUCUGGAGUAUUUAUAGUAAUGUCUGCUAAAAGCCGCCGUGUAAUGGCUUCUCUGUGUGGUUUUAAGAGGCCCUCGGCCACCAGGUCCCUCGUGCCCUGCACACGUCUCGGACACUGCUCUCUCAACGCAGACUGGAACUUGGUGUCAUCCUGUCCUUGUAUUCAUAGAAAAUAAAUGGCCAGUUCCAAUGAUUGCUGCUUGUUAACUUUAUCGUAAAAAUGAAAAUCCAGCACACUCCCUUAUCUACUAAACAGCUAUUUUGGUGCUGACAGAUUUGGUUAGUUUUAUUAAAAACACCUAAUCUAGGCAAAAAAUAAUGGGGGUUUAGUUACAUUAUAUGAUCAUACAUUGCAUAAGCCUGCCACAACGUCAAUGUACCCCAUCUUUGGCAGGUCCUACUCUGUCUGCUAAAUGAGCUACUCACUUGGGGAAAUCCUUCCAUCUCGAGGUCUCUGCAGUACAAGACUCUAUAUAUCGAGCAGAGGGCUGACAGAUCCCGGUAAACACAUUAACACAAUGUAACGGAGUAAAAAUUAAUUCAGCCUGAUCGCUCAUGGGGUAUCUCAACACAAUCCUAAUCAAAUAAGCUACGUUGCUACACAGGCUAUUUUACGUCUGUGAGAGUGAUGUCAGAAUGUCAAACCAUAAAAGAAUGCGCCACACAGUGUUUUAGGAAGCUGAACUCAAAUUGUUUUUGUAACAUAUCCUGUUACUUCCUGGUUUGGUUAGCUCAUGAUUAAAGGACCGCUAUAGGCACCCAGACCACUUCAGCUUAAUGAAGUGAUCUGGGUGCCAGGUCCAGCUAGGUUUAACCUUUUUUUCUAUAAACUUAGCAGUUUCAGAGAAACUGCUAUGUUUAUAAGAGGGUUAAUCCAGCCUCUAGUGGCUGUCUCAUUGACAGCCACUAGAGGCGCUUCUCACUCCGGCACUCCUCGCGCAUUCAGCCGAGGAGGAGGAGAGUUCCCCGGCACUGGAGAAAGAGGUAAGUUUAACCCCUUCCACCCCCUAGAGCCCAGCGGGAGGGGAUCCCUGAGGGUGGGGGCACCCUCAGGGCACUAUAGUGCCAGGACAACGAGUAUGGUUUCCUGGCACUAUAGUGGUCCUUUAACACUAUUGGCAUUUUAUGACACAUUCAUUUAAGAGGUACAAAUGAUUAUAAAAAGAAAUAACGAGCUUAGAACGGGCUCAAUUAUCACCUUCACCAGCAAAACCUAGAGACCUUAUCAGAUCAUACAAUAUCUUUAAUUAAAAUCAAUUAAUUGGCCGUAGCCAAGAGUCGUAAAAAGAUGUGAUGUGAUGGCCGCAUUAUUGAUGGAAUGAGCAACGCUCUGUUUAAUAGAAGUAUGGAGAUUAUAAAGGCACAGUAACUAAUAUGUACUCCUCGUUGUCUAUAUCUGGCUUACUGUGCCUCGUUGUAAGCUGCUGUUGGAUCCAAACGUAUGUUAUACCCCACCGCGCACAAAGUAAUUAAAAGAAAAGUCUUAAUGAGGCCCAAGAUUACAUUAGUGUGCUGUCGUCCAGAUACUUGCACUGAAUCUUGCAUGGCAACUAUUCCCAGGGGAGUGUUUGGGAAUCCAAAGUCCUUGCCAUGCUGAUUAAAAAAUAUACAUCAUUUAGACAGUUUGAACAGCUCCGUGCCGCAAACAAAAACCAACAAAAAAAAUCCCACAAGAAAGCUACGUUUGCUAUCUGACUCCAUCUUGCCUGUUGGUGCAUUGAAAUAAACUGUAGAUCCUAACAUUUCUGCAUAAUGAAUGCAAUGUACCAGAGCUGAGGGGUGGUGUCUGUGAAUUCGUGCAGGCUGGCAGAUCCACUGACAGGGCCUCGGGUGUGAAUUUAACAUGCAGACAGUCCAAAAGUAUUGCCUUUUUAGCAAAUUAAAGAUCUUCCCGGAGAUUAAUCCACUUAUGUGUGUCUUGGUUAGACUUGUAUCCCAUCGUUUGCUUAAAAUGACUUGAAUCCUUGCUAGGCGGAACCUAGUCAAAGGGUUAAAUACUGCAUGAAUUUAUUUAAACAGAAAAAUGUUAUUUAAAUUUUUUUUAUCCUAUUUUGAAGUAGUUUGCAUAGAGAUAGAGAUUGCUUUUAGCUGGGAAUACUAAUAGAAAACCUGUUAACUACGUGUUUGUAAUGUUCAUAAUGGUGGAGCAGAGUGAAACAUGACGGCUCCGCACAGUGUGCUGGCUCUGCAUAGACCAGCUCUGUAUGCUUGAUGUGCACAUUCCUUCGGUGCAUGGCAAUGUUUAUUUCGGUGGUCUCUAACCUUGGCAUCCAUGGUGGGCUUAAACCACAUUUCCUGUGAUUCCUAGCUGCACUGGAGGUUGCGUAAGUUAGUUGCAUGAUUUUUUGGCAUCCUUCACUAUCCCUUUUCACCUCCUGAGUAUAUUCUCGGUUUGUCAUAAAAUAUGCAGUCUAUAAAAUGUAAAUGUUCAGUUUAGUCAAUGUAGUAGAAAUGUUAUGAUAUAGGUUUUUACUUAUGCAUUAAAGCUCAUUGUCGAUUUAGGAGCCUUGCAUUCUCUAUUGGAGUAAAUGUGUACAUAAAUUGCAGAGUACCAACAUAUUCUGCAGCGUAGUGUAAUGGAAUCCAUCUUGGCUGACUAUGCAGAUGAGCAGAGAGUACUGAGUGUUGUACUCCAGGGGCUAACAAUUUCUGCUUUACCUGUGCAUGCCAUUUGGCAGCCUCACACUACUGAUUAUUGCUGUUAAUUGCAUCAUGCGGCACAGUCUGUCCGAGGGUCUCAGUGGAUUAUUGUUACCAGCUCAGCAAAUCAUCUUACAGGCUGUUUACAAUGGACUGUCUGCUGUAUGAAGCAGAAGAGGCCUGACGUGUACUAUUAAUAUUGAUACAAAGGUUGUUUGGGGUAAUUUAUAAACCACCUGGCAAUAUUAGUUUUGUUUAAAUAAUUAAAUAGUAAAUUUCUUUGGUUAGAAACUGGGCAGUAACUUGAUUCCACCCACCCUCCAUGAUAAGUAGAUCAAAACUGGUCAGCCGUUUCAUUCAUAAGACUCAAAACUCCAUUUGCAGCUGCCUUGCGGCUCCCGUGAAACUACAGCUCAGGAUACUUUGUAAAAAAUUAGUCCUUUUUGGAGGUGCUUUCAAGGGGAGCACACAACAUACACAUACUUGUUUAGACAGAACAUUAAAGAAGGGCUUAGCUUUUGGGAUUUAAAUAUCCAGGCAAUGUCUGCGUUGAUCUGGGGAGAAGGUCCAUUGGUUCCAAUAUGUAGUUAUUGUAUAAUCAAUACAUUAUAAUAUAGGUUCUGAUAACCGUAUAGGAGUUUGGUCUGUGUAAUGGUUUGCUGGCCCCCAACAUAGUUUACACUUUUGGUGAACAAGCCCAAGCCAAUUAUUUUAUUUAGUGUGUUUUUUUUGUUUUGUUUUUUUUUUUAGAACUAUUUAAAACCUCUACAAAACCUGGCUGCGGACAUUUUGUCAGUUUAUCGUUUCAGCUGCUUUUUCGCGGUGACCAUUUUUUUUUUUUCCCCCCAUUGUGACUAACCCUGUAUUUUAUGUUGGUUCCCCGCGUUCUGCCACCCACGUCCUGAAUCAGCCGCUUGUCACCUUCUGUUUGUUUUAAAGCCUUUUGUGUUGUGACUGCCUUUUUUUUUAUCCUGUGUUAAUUUGGAGGAAAAAAAACAUGUGGACUCAGGAUUUAGACUCUCAACGGCUGCCUCCCGGGUCUGUAUAAAGCACACCUGGCAUCUCACAUGGUGCUCUUCGAAGCGUUAUUUGCACAAUACACAGAGGAAAAAAAUGAUCAAAACCAACAAAGUUUGGGCGAUGUCAUUUAAAGGGACACUAUAGUCACCAGAACUACUACAGCUUAUUGAAUUUGUUCUGGUGAGUAGAAUCAUUACCUUCAGGAUUUUUGCUGUAAAAAAUGACUUUUCAGAGAAAAUGCAGUGUUUACAUUACAGCCUAGUGAUAACUUCACUGGCCACUCCUCAGAUGGCUAUUAGAGAUCCUUCCAGGGUCAUGGCUGCCUAAAAUGCAUCCAAACAUUCAGUGUCUCCUCCCUCUGCAUGCAGACACUGAACUUUCCUCAUAGAGAUUCAUUGAUUCAAUGUAUCUCUGAGGAGAUGCUGAUUGGCCAGGGCUGUGUUUGAAUUGUGCUGGCUCUUCCCCGAUCUGCCUCUUUGUCAGUCCCAGCCAAUCCUAUGGGGAAGCACUGUUAUUGGAUCAGGCUACCACUUCUGAUGAUGUCAGCAGACUGCUUGUUUUUCUGAGUCUAACAGCAUGCAGAGUUACAACUUCAGGCUUGAAUACAGUAAGAUGUUGCUAUAUUUAUGGAGGCAUGAGGGGCCCAGGGGGGGCUAGAUGGAUCGCUUUAACCCUAUAGUGAUCCUUUAAAUCUUAUUAUUUUCUAAAACUGCUUUGGUAGUGUGCAGUACCGCUAGUCUAUACAGUGCUUGAUAUAAAGUUACAAGUGGUUGUUGAAUUUAUAUUAAUUGGUCCCUCUUGUCAUUAUUGUGGUAUAUAUUUACUAAAAAUGCAUUUUGAUGAGGAUUUUAGACCUGAUUUGUUUGCUCAUACAACCACGAAGAGAAGCUUGAUGUUUGAAAAUGUGAUUUCAUUGGCCACGGAUCAGCUGUCUGACAUCAUACAGGGCGCAGCAUACAAGGGAUUCCAUUUUGCGGUGUGUUUGCAAGCUGCUGGUGUAUACAGCUGUGCAGCAUAGUUGCGGAUUGCUUUUGCCUAAUCUGCUAGUUGCUGGCAAGACAGGUUCUGUUUUAGGGUUAGAGUUUAAUUAAAGUAGCUGUCGUGGUCUCGGUUUACAGGUGUGUGUGUGUUCGUUAUGUCCUACACCAUGUCAUUUGUUUACUCCUGUGGAUGAGUAAAUCUCUCACCUCAGUCUGCUGACCAAGGUUUUCACCUCUCUAUAACAUCACACUUGCUCAGAUCAUUGCUUUCCCUCUAAAUAAGGAUCGAUUUGACCUGAAAGUGAAUUCCUCUCCUGCCCAUCGCCAUUCUGGAUGAGCACGAGACCAAUGUAAAGACUGCUGGGACAUACAGCAGCUGAUGAUUGUAUUAUUCAUGACACACACUCCAUUGUGGUUGAAUUUUCCUGAUGGGAAAUGUGGUCCACAGUGCCUGCAGUGCUUACAGAGCGAAUUCACUGGUGUUGAGCAUGUGAUCCCUUUACUUUCUGAUAAUGGCUAGGGUUAGGCGUGCUGGGCGGGAUUUGCCAAUUAUAGGGUAAUAUGAUUGCUGUCACUUUCACUGUCAUGCACAACUUAUGAAAGUGUCGCUUAUUGAAAUUCCCACCUUGUCAAAUUCCUCAAAGGGACGUGAAUCACAGAUUACUAAAAAUAUCAGUCACCAUUAUCUCUCCCUCUCUUCCCCCAAUACCUGAAGGAAAAUGUAUUUAAAAAAAAAAAAUUUGUGCACACCAUUCAGAUCUCUCCAUUUAUAAACCCCCCCCCCCUCCUCCAACACCAUGAUUGCUUUCUUUUUGAUCACAGGAAGCCCAUUUGGGAUCACGCCAGACUGUGCUUCCUCACCUUCAAAGAAGGAAGAACGAAUCUUUCCCUAAAUCUUUUCUCUCUCUCACGGCCCAAAGCAGCCCCACACUUCAAAGUCCUUGGUCGUGCCCUUGGCGGAUUGCUGCUCACCAAACGCUCUGCAUGCUUAUUAGCUUCAAGCGUUAUGCAAAUUGCAGAGCAGCGUUCAAUAACCCACACUCAAGGUGCAUUCAGCCCGGUUUGCCAGCUCCCUGCCUUUAGUGCACAGUUUGUUUUAUGGAGAGAAUAUUUCAAGUCUAUCUGCAAUCUCCAUUUUAUUUCCACUUUCUAUUUUUUUUUUUUUUUUUUCUGCAGAAAGAAUGAUCAGUGGUGCCAUAAUCACUAGAAAAGGGCUUAAACUCCUUAUUAAUGGGUGAACAUUAUAUUUGUGCAAAUGUGUUUUUUUAUUUUUUUUUUUUUUUAUUUAUUUUAAUGUGAAAAUAUUUGGUAUAAAGAGAUUAACCCUCAUUCUAUCAAGGUUUCAGAAUGUAUUACACUGGAAAUUCUCAUUAUUGGGAUUAGAAAAGGUUUCUUUAACCAAUAGGAAGUGUGAUACGGGUUGAUCUCCCAUCUAACGGUAACGCUUAACCUUACACUAAUAAAGGACUCUAUGCUAAAGAAACAGGUCUCAACCGUAACCUUCAUAGCGGUUCUUUGGAGACACCUUUUGGUUUUCAAAAUGGUUAAAUGACAGCGAAUCCAUAGCUAACAUUGCAAAGCUACCCAGACGGUGAUAAAAUUCAGACAGAAGUGUGGUUUUCUUUUACCAGCAUCCUCGUUGUGUUUGCAAAAGUUGUAGGUGUUGCGGUUUUUUAACAAAAACCCUUCCACCUACUGACUUGCCUAGUGGUCUGUUUUCCUGAUUUACCUCGCAAUUUCUGCAUGUAAUUAUGCACUUUUCAUAUUUUAUUUUUAAACAGCUUUUUUUUAAAUUUCCCUUUCUUUAUACAUACUAAUCGGAGAAAUGGUAGCCACAAAAGUAGUGAAGUUCAAAAUGGACAUUGCUUUUAAAGACCCUUUAUGGUGUUCAUCCUGUAUAACCGAAUACAUUUAUACAAAUUUUGCAGUUGUUCGCCAUGCUUCCUACAAUGGAUAUAUUUGUUUUGAACCUUCUCUUGGAAACCAUAAUAGAAGUCUGGUUAGUGGUCUCCCAGACACAGGUGACUUGUCUUGUAUUUUAAUUCCGUACUUGACUUAUGUAUGGAGCAUGUGUGUUUAGUGACUUGCUUUAAAGGUUCGCUUUGCUAUGGUGUAUGUUGUCCCCUGUAUUAUUGCGCACUGUUCAUGUGUUUACAUCCCAUCUUCCUAAAGGGCUGAGCCUUGGAGAACUCCAUAUUACACUUCUUAUGGAAACUGUGAACAGGGCCGUCCGUACACAGAUAGUAGCCACUGCAUGGCUGUGUUCUAUUAAUCUCCUCUCAUAAGUGAAUCAGCUGCUGUAAACUCCUGGGGGACCAUACGAAGUCCAGCCCCUUGUCCUGGGCAAAACUCUGAGCUACUGCUGCCUGUCUGAGGAUUUGCAGGAGUUUCGAAUUUGGGUACGAUCAUACUGAAAAAAACUUCAAUGGCAUUGUUUUUAUAUGAUUCUCUUUUUUUAAAGAAGUAAUUUUUAUUUUUUUAUGAAUCAUAUCUAUACAUAAAUGGUGUGAGCAAGCAAGGGCGUUGUGACCCAUGAUCAGAUGCUGUCGAAGAGUCCAUGUCACAAAGUGCGUAACGCCCCACCUCAGGGGUUGUAUAAAGCAGCCGCUGUAUGACCAGGUGAUCCGAUCAAUGUGUUUAAUACAAUUCCACAAUAGACUUUGGACUGUCUGAGUAGUGACAGAUAUAAGGCAGGCAGAGGACCCCUAUUUGGAGCUUUUCUCAGUGUUGGGUUUGCUGCAAUGGCCGAUUAAGCCUGCUCUCUUCUCCCACCCCCUUUCUUAUUUCAUAUUCUCCAUGCUUCCAUAUACUCUGCCUUCACUCCCCUCGCUCGCCCUGGGGAAAGCAUUGGAUUGGCUAAACUCGGUGCGGGGCCAAAUGCAGUUUUAGCGAAUCAGGACCUCCUCAUAGAGAUGCAUUGAAUCAAUGCAUCUCUGAGGAAAAUUCAGCGUCUCCAUGCAGUGCGUGACGAUGCUGAACGUCAGGGCUGCUAUUUCAGCAGCAGUGACCCAGGAAGCCCCUCCAGAGGCCACUUGGAGGUGUCCCUAGAGGCAAUGUAAACACUGCCUUUUCUCUGAAAAGGCAGUGUUUACGUGAAAAUAGCCUGAAGGGAAUGAUGAUACUGAUGAAUGAUUAAGCUGUAGUUGUUCUGGUGACCAUAGUGCCCCUUUAAUUAGUUGGCCUCUUCUUUUCUAAUACUGGAGCCAUUAGAAUGACUGUUUAUUUGAGGAAGCCAUGGGUAGUGUGAAGAAAAUGGAAUUACUAUGUUUUUAGUGUAUCCCAUCUAUCCCAUUGUGUGGAAUUUGUUUCUUUUUUUUAAAAUGUAUUUUUGUUUUUACUCUCUAUUGCAAAAGAGAUUAGGAUUUGCACCAUGUGUUGAACUCCCCUGAGUUGGGAAAUUGAACAGUCAUUUUGCUAAUGACAUUGAAAAAUGAAGAUUCGCGUUCUUUUUACACCAGCCUCAGCAAAUCAAUUUGGGUGUAUCCUGGCCGCAACCACACCCCUCCUUCUGUGUCUCGCUACCCCUCAUUUCUAUAACAGCCCAGAACUGUAUGUUGCAUACAUACUAAAUGGUGAUGUAUCACGGCCUAAUAAUGCAGAGUAGAACAGACUUAUUCUAGAACCUCGGCCACAGCAUGUACGUUUUUAAAGGUUUAGCCACAAAAACAAAAAAUGUACAUUUGCUAUUAAUAUAUUCUCACUUGGCUUAAGUGUUUAAAACAAAAAAGUGUAUUUCUAUGUAGGUGUAUAUUCUGUUCGCUUGAUUUGCUACCAUCUGUGCUGGUGAAGAUUAUAAACUAUUAGUCACACUUGCACACGCAUAGUACCCGAAUGCUCAUGUGAGUCAUGUCUGUCAAGUCAUGUGAAGCACUGCAUUAACACAUUAAGGAUCAUUGGUGAGUAAUGAUUUGGUCCUUAGAGUACCCACAAUAAUUUGCAUUGCAUUGCUCUUCACAUAUGGCAUUAAAGGGAUUUUUCAAGCACCAUGAUCACUUCAGUGAUUUGAAGUGGUCAUGGUAUCUGGAGUCUGUAUGUGGAGUGUUAAGCAAAGCCAUACUGCACAGAGUUUAACCGAUUUGUAACUGAAGGUGUAACUCCACCUCCGGUAGUGUCAUAGGGUGUCAUCAGCCAUCUCGUAACUGAAUGCGGUCAGUUGUAGUGCUUUCGGUGCUUAGUUGGAGUCAUCUUUUAACUGGAUUUUAAGGUUCUCAUAGUAAAUACAAGCCACUCCAGGCUGGCACAGUCUGUAUGGACCAGUUUGUGAUUGAGAUUAUUCAUCCUGAAUGGUUUGCUGUUGGUAGGGAGUAUUUAUCGGUCCGGAAUUAGGGUCAAGAGAUUGAGACUGCAGACCUGAGAUUAGUUGUUCCUAACCUAGGUUGCAAAGAACAUCAACAAUCCUGGUUUUGUUAGUAUCUCAAUAAGAACUGAACUAGGGACAGCUCAAAUCAUGAACAUUUGGUUUACCUUGAGGUAAAUGACAUGAUAAACGGACUAGUGGUGGCCCUUCCUCUGUGACUGGUACUGAGAAUUGUGUACCACAGACAGUAGCCAAGACUUCAAAUCCCUGCUCUAGAAGGUCAUUUGGGUCCAAUACUUGAGCGCAUUCCACGUUAAUUAGACUAGUGCAUCCAGUGGGUUUAACAAAUACUUGAUAUGUUUUGCUGAUGAGUUGUAGAAUCAGGCUGGUUUUGAGCCAUCAUGAAUGGUUUGUAGCUCUCCUCAAGGCACUUUCUUAUGGGUAACUAGGCUCUUAAUUAGUGGAGAAAACUAUAAGACCAUUUAAUAAAGGAAAAGGCCUGUGAUAGUCUCAUUUUGUUGCAUAUUAGUAACUUUGAGGACAGGGGUUCCCAAAAGAUUUGCAGAUGUUGUAGAACUACAACUCCCACAGUGCUUUGCAUGAUUUUAGAAUGAUAGAAUGACAAAGCAUCAUGGAAGCUGUAGGUUUAAAACAUCUGGGGAUCUACCUUUUUUGGCACCUCUGAUCUAGGACAUCAAAGUUGGCUUUGGCAGCAUCGUGUUGGGCUUCUCAUAAGUCUUUUGGGUGCCGUGUUUAGCCAUUGCUACCAUUGCAAGACUCAUGGGGUGUUCUUUCUCAAAUCUCAGAGUGAUGUGUAGAGUCAUCACUGAUCUACAGAUUGAUCAUCCUGAUAUAAAGACCUGGGAGUUUCGCUCAUCUUUUUCAAGAGACCUUUUAGUCCAAAAUGUCAAACAAGCACAUGUUUGUAAUGUUUAGCGUGUUUGUAAAGGUUCAUAGUAGGAAUGUCACGGUUAUUUUAAGGAUGUUCUCUUGUUCCCUUUUUCCACUUUCUCGGUUUGUAUUUCAGUAGAAUGAUGAACAUUACUUCCCUUUUGAUGCAAAGUUUCCUCUGAUUUAAGAUCUCGUUCUAAUUGAAGCUUAAAUGCUUUCCGGUCCUGGCUUUCUCCGCUAUAAUGUACAGUUAAUGUUCUCCUGUAGAAGGUUUUUUUUUUUUUUUUUUUGGUGUGUGUGUGUGUGUGUGUGUUCAAUGGAGAAAUUAGAUGAAGUGAUAUUUAAAAUGGGAUCGAAAAGCAAAUCCCGGAGAAACAGAGCUCAUCAUCGCUUGGUGGAUGUGAGCAGACGCGGAUAUUGCCACCAGAGGGCAAUGGGCAUUCAAAGCUAAGACCAGUCUGUGCUUCUUACUUAAUUCUCACUCUUAGUAAAGAACUAUGGGAGAUUAUCAAGAAUUCAGAAUAACUUUUAGACCAGAGUAGCCAUUCUGAAUACAUAGCUCGCUUAGGGACUGUACCAUUGCAGCUAUUUUGGGCAAACAAUUGCCAAGACUAGAGUACCAUAUGCAAGCCUUUUUAGUGUCUUGGUUUGAGACGUGAUUUGUGUUAAUUUUUAAGUGAUUGAAUUAACUGAUCACAUUUUUAAUAUGCAUUAAUUACUAGUUUGAGUAAACAUUGGGUACUUUUUAACAGAGCCCUGUGCUUUUUAAAGGAUUACUCAAAUAAUCCGAAUCCCUAAAGCACACCGUAGUGGCUAUGAGGCCGGGAGUACUGUGACCAAGUUUCCUAUAAUGGUUAAAUCCUUUAGCAAUGGUUCACCCUCGUACCUGUGUCCGCACUGGGCCCGAGGCUCCCUGGCAAAGAUCCAGUCGCCAUUAAUCAGGUGACUGCUCUCGGCCAAUGAAUGGCAUACUAUGCAGCAAAAAUGGCACAGAAUUGAUAUUAGCCAGCCCACGCCACUCCAUAACGCUGCCGGAUAUCUAGUUAAUCCUCUGUCAGCCAAUGGGUUAAUAUCUGUAUUUGCAGCUGCUCACAGCACAACGCUGCGCAUGCAGACUACAGGCACCAUGACCACUUCAAAUCCCUGAACUGGUCAUGCUGCUUGGAGUUACCAUUUUAACAAAGCUUUAUUUUUAUUUAUUUUAAUCCAUUUUGCACAGAAACUGCUGAGGUAGCUAGCUGUCCUUUAUCUCUGGCAAGCAUUCAGUCAGAUGUUUUUGCCCCAGUGCGAAGUCUGCAGCGUAACACCUUUAACCAGUUUUUAAAGGGUUUGAGAAUCAUUUUACAUGGCAGGGUAAGGGGAACCAGUCCUUGUGAUAGUUUAUUCCAGGGUGGGAGGGAGUUUAUUUCAGACGUUAUUGUUAGUCGGCGGCUGAAACUACAAAGUGUGCAUUGAUAAACCAUGAAAGAUCUUUAUUUCAGCAGCUGUUUGUCUGAACUUUUUUUUUUAUUUUUUUUUUUUACUUUCUUUCUUUUCAAAUCCCUGUCUCAGACAAAGAUUUGUGUUUUUUGUUUUUCUGUGUUCUUUUAGAAAGGUGUUUUGUUUUCUGUAUGUUUGAAAUUACAAUCUGGGAAUGUUUUGCUUUGAUUGUGAUUUAUGUAGAAGUAUUCCUGUUUUAUUGGCUGUGAUUGCAUAUUUGGUCCUGGUGUUCGUGCAGGGUGCGUAUUGUGUUAUGACUGAAAUUCAUCCAUUGGCCUGAUGAGGCCCUGAGCCUAGUAAUGUAUUUUAUUUUAUUUUUAAUUUUUCUGGGUAAUUUCCACAGAUGCAGUUUUUGCAUAUAUCACAUUCUCUGCCGUCAAACUAUUGUUUUCCAUUAUGACACUUAAAAAUAUUUUCAAAAAUAUAAAACCAAACUUAAAAGGUCUCGCCAACCACCAUGACGAUUACUUCUGUUUUUAGAAGUGGUCAUGGUGUUUGGAAUCUGUACAGAGUUUCUGCUUUAAACGCUACAUAUACAGAGCAAGCUGCACUUUUGUCCUGGUGCUAGGUCCACCCUUCUGAUGGGUAGAUUGGGCAGCCAGGAACAAAUCCCACAUUACCCAAUAUAAAUUCUGUGCAAAAAUGACAUUGUCCGCGCACACUGCAACAGAUAUGAUAAUCUCCCUUGCAGGUAGCAAGACCUGCGAAAGUGAAUGCGCAUCUCCCCUCCCUCCCGUUUCCAAAUUGAUAUAUAGAUUUUCUCUCUAUUGUAAUAAAAAAAGCCUUCUCUCAUUGGCCCACAGCGAGUGCAUCCUCUCUGAGCCGGUGAAACGAUAAAAUCGAGUGCUUCUCUGUGAUAAGCAUUCGAUUGGACCGCGGUUGAGAAGACUUGACGACAGACAGCAGGUGAAAUUGAAGCGAGUUGGACCUUGCCCAGCGCUAGCUGUAAGUUAAGUGGCACUGUCACUAUGUGGGGUCUUUGCCAAACUCGCGAAGAUCCUCCAUAGAUGCAGCCGUCAUUGGUGGCAGCUGGCUAGAUUGCCGCUGUAGCGCUGCCCAGAGCCUAAGAGAGUCCAGAAAAGGCAAGUUUCUGUGUUUACCAGACUUUAUAGCUUCUUCAGUGAGCUGCUCAUCAGACCAGGAAGUUAUUCACCAAUAUCUUUCCCUGCAGCGAAAUGUAGCACAGGGAUUUCUGAGAAUUGUGCUUACGUUUUUAGGUUUCUCCUGUAGUACCUUUUUAAAUAUUUUUUUUAAUUUACAUUUUUUUUUUUUUUUCUAGUCUUUUUUUUUUUUGAAAAUAAGAAUCUGCUGCAGCUAAGCGCUGUGAGUUACUGAUGGAAAAUGACUUCACAGCCCGUAUUAUUAAUCCACAUAUCGCUGCUCCGUAUCAAGGUUAUUUUAAUGAUGUGUAUACAGAAAGGGCAAUAAGUCAGACUGUAUCUGAAUGCCAAGCAGUUCACACCGCUCACACUGCGCACACAAUGGUUUGCAUAGAAUGGCCAUUGUGGCAUAAUGCUUUAUGACAGAUUAAUACACUUCAGUUUGGAGCCUCUGAAGAAGUUUUAUGAUCAUGCCUUUACUUAUCUGAUUUACAAUAGUCAUUAAAGGGUAAGAGCAGUCUGGGAGUCCCAGCAAGGCUGUGAGGUCACUUCCUGUGCAUGUGUCUCUGGUAGUCCCAGCAAGGCUGUGAGGUCACUUCCUGUGCAUGUGUCUCUGGGAGUCCCAGCAAGGCUGUGAGGUCACUUCCUGUGCAUGUGUCUCUGGGAGUCCCAGCAGGGCUGUGAGGUCACUUCCUGUGCAUGCACAGCGUGUCUCUGGGAGUCUCAGCAGGGCUGUGAGGUCACUUCCUGUGCAUGCACAGCGUGUCUCUGGGAGUCCCAGCAGGGCUGUGAGGUCACUUCCUGUGCAUGCACAGCGUGUCUCUGGGAGUCCCAGCAGGGCUGUGAUGUCACUUCCUGUGCAUGCACAGCGUGUCUCUGGGAGUCCCAGCAGGGCUGUGAGGUCACUUCCUGUGCAUGCACAGCGUGUCUCUGGGAGUCCCAGCAGGGCUGUGAUGUCACUUCCUGUGCAUGCACAGCGUGUCUCUGGGAGUCCCAGCAGGGCUGUGAGGUCACUUCCUGUGCAUGCACAGCAUGUCUCUGGGAGUCCCAGCAGGGCUGUGAUGUCACUUCCUGUGCAUGCAAAGUGGGCCACAAAUACGUUGGGUUCUGGCUGUGACAGAUCAGCAAUAAAAUUGGAAAUCCCAGCUAACCAUUAAUAAAACUAGACCGUUUGCACAGAAAUGUGGAUAUCUGACUUUCUAAAAAGCGUUCGGAUCCAUGUGACAUUUAGAAGCUGCCGAAGCAGGUGUGCCCUGGAUAUGUGACUUUUUUGAAGUGCGUUACCACCCUUAUUCCCAUGGUGACAUGCUUGUUAUUGGCACUAAAGGGGUUAAAGUGGCCCUGUGGUGGGUUUUGUUUUGUUUUCCUUAUAUUUUAAUAAUACUCCCUCCCUUGCCAGUUGCUUUUAUUGUUAUACAUUAUCUUUUCUUCUUGAGCCAAAUCUCAUAUUUGGGGGCAUCUGUUUUGUUCUCCUUGGUCUGUAAUGUCUGUCAUUUUCCUUUUUUGUGGAAUUGGUUCUCUUAUUACUAUUAUUAUUGUUUUAUUUAUAUAGCUCCAUCAGAUUCCGUAGCGCUGUACAAUGGUUCUAUUGAUGGAUUAUGGGUAAAUCUAACGGCAUGUUUACAGAACCUUGCUUUAAGCCCCGUCCACUGACACAUUUUGUCGACCUGUCUGCUUUACACGAGGACGUACGAGUCAAAACUCUUCUUUAUGUAUUUUUUGUGUGAAAAUGAGCGCUCAGUUUAAAGGGAUUAAACCUUCUCAGUCACGGGAAGCUACAGAGAAACAGAUUUAGUAAAGUUAUUUUUGUUGACGAGCCGCUUUACGUCAUUCAAGCAUGGUAAAUCUGUAACAUGGUGACUGUCUAUUUCGUGUAUAUUCAAGAUAUAUUUUCCUCCCUGAGGACAUUUCUACCCUGGAAAUGGUGACUGACGCUUGGGACUGUAGGAUUUGCCUAACCAUGAAAGGGUUAAAUAAAAAUUUGGCUAGUCACCUGGUCUUGUACCUGAACAGGCUUGUUUUUAUUGGCAGCCUUGGACAGUGUGCUCUACCAGUACUCUGCCACGUGUCUCUUGUGUAGGUAAAAGUUUCCACGCCCGUGCUGCCCCAGGCUAGGUAUGUGGCCCGACCCUGCCGUCUGAUUAGACAACGUGACUGAACGAAGCACUAUACAGGCUCUCCUCGUUAUACUGCCUGCGUGAAUGCUGACACCUAGUGGUAGAUCUUUCAUAUGCUGCUGGGUUGACAAUCCUUUUUUUCAAAUUUUUUUUUUGGUAUCGUUUUGUUUCAAUAUUUCCAGCUAGAGUGUGACAAUUGGGGAAGCAUUAUCUCUUACAGGUGGAGGUAGUGGGGGCAGUGUUGGUACUCACAGGUGGAGGGUAUUGGUGGGGUAGUGUUCCUUUUCUUGCAGGUGGGCAAAUAGGCGCGGCCAUGUUGGUACUCUUACAGGUGGGUAUAUUGGAGGGGCAGUGAUGGGAAUCUUACAGGUGGGUGUAUUGGAAGGGCAGUGUUGGUAUUCUUAUAGGUGGGUGUGUUGGAGGGGCAGUGUUUCUAUUCUUACGGUGGGUGUAUUGGAGGGGCAAUGGUGGGAUUCUUACAGGUGGGUGUAUUGGAGGGGCAGUGAUGGGAAUCUUACAGGUGGGUGUAUUGGAGGGUCAGUGGUGGGAUUCUUACAGGUGAGAGCUUUGGAGGGGCAGUGUCGGCAUUUGUGUUGGUAUCUUGGCACACCUUUGACAUCACGUCUUGAUAACUGGGUGGGUAAACUCGUCCAUACUAAUAUAAAAGGAAGCCGUAGUCCAUAGGAUCUCAUGUCUAACCUUGGUAUGGGCCAGCAUUGUUUUGUUUUCAUUUAAAAUGGAAAUCUCCCUCUGCACCAUUCUCUCUUCCUCCUGGCACACCAUCAAUGCCACUUCGGUCAGGCCCUUUCAAAUACCUAUUUUGAUCCUUUCAUUGCCAGGAUGUUGCUAGUGCCGUUUGCCCCCAUGUCUAAUCUUUAUGGGGCCAAUUUCUCCUCUGUGUUUGAGUUUCUUCAAGUCCUGCUUGUUAAAUAUUUGCCUAUUUUCGCUCUGUGAACUUUGUUAAUCACAGCGAAAGGGUGAAGUGACUGCAUGCGAAGCAUUGACACUGCAAUGCUCUGUGUUGUUUGCUUUAUACAAAGGGUUUCUGCAGAACGCCAGCCAUUCUUUGUUUGUGUAAGGAGGGCCGAUGAGACGGACUGCGUGCCAAGGACCCUUUCCAAUGAGCACUUCAUUCCUCUGUCUCCAUGUAAUCAUAGGUGCCUGGUAAGCUGCACGGAUCGCUGUGUUUUGGAAUCGCAGAGCCAAAAGUGUCUAUUUCGAGCCAACCAGCAAAAUCAACAAAUAUCACUGGACCCUGCUAUUUGCACUGAGCGCACCCUCUGUAAAGAACAGCCCUGGGGGGGCUUGCUUUGCUCUGUAUUUAUUUACAAGUGAUCAUAAAAUGAACAUUUCCUUAAGAAUAGUGGAGACUGCUUUGCAGGUUACACAUGGGUUUCAUUAUUUAAAUACGAACAUGAACUGAAUUGCAGAAUAUAUGCUAAAAUAAUUGCAUUAAAAAAAAUCUCCCAACUUGUUUACUGUAAUCACUUGGCUUAAUUAGCCACAAUUUCGCAAUGCUAUGUUCCAAUUUGCUGUUUAAUGAACAAUCCCUGUGUGUUUGUGUAUGGUGCUACAGAAAGCACAGCCUGUUUCCUUGUAAAGGAUCGAGGAGGCUUUGCCUGCAGUGCAGAUUUAACAUGCGCAUUCUUGAAUGUUCUAUUCCUGAUAGCCAGAUAACACUUGGGUGUUUAUAACCUGGGAUUAGACGACUGUUCAGUUCCCACGUGAUUAAUCACCUGCUUUGUAAGCUGGAAUGUCCACAUACAGUAACACGAUUAAGGUUUAGGUCACAAGCCUUCCGUGAUGUUAACUAUACAACUGAAUGAAUUUUGCCAUUUCUCCUUAAUUGUAUUUACUAAAGCAACUCCAGUCCCCUUUCAGAAUCUUUAUGAAAUGGUCAGAAUGAUUACGUGGCAAUGUCACCUAAAUAAAAAUAUAUCAUGAGACAAAAUAGGGGCUGCUUUGCCUUAUGGACAAAGUUCAGGUUUUCCUGCCAUCAGUGUCAGUUAACACCCAUUGCUAGCAGCAGCUGUAGGAAUGAAGUAUCUUCGCUCACAUUGCUGGAGCUAGUUGACAAAGUAUCCCAUAGUUUUGUGUUUUUUGGUUUUUUUUUUAUGUCCCAGUAGACCUGUGUUGGUCACUCGCAAGCAGCGAGGCGGCCUCCCCACCGAUGAAACACCAUCUCAUGAACUGCCAAUUAGCCGGUAGAAAGGAUGUGUCCAGGAAAACACGUUAGGUCCUGAUUGUAGCUCGGUUCUCCUUGACUGAAAACUCUCCACUCUUAUUUUAUCUUUUACUACAUCAUUUUGCUAUGCAGUGGGUUAAACUCGGAUCUUUCUCUUGUUCGAUUUGUCUGCUUGAGUUCACCUGUUAAAUCCAGCUUUACAUUCUGAAUGUUGGAUAAUCCUACUUCAAUUUGAUUAGUCACGUUCAUUUUACACACCAUGUCAUCAAUCCUUUCCUUUGUUUAUUUCGUGCACAGUAUGUCAUUGGCUGAGCUUUCUGAAUUUUGACUCGUAUGUUUCUAUUUUUUUUAGGCACUUGCGGCCAAUGCCGGUAUUGGAUUUGCGGUGGCAGAGCCACAAGUAGCCAUGUUUUGUGGCAAAUUAAACAUGCAUGUAAAUAUACAGACUGGAAAAUGGGAGCCUGAUCCAUCUGGAAGCAAAAGCUGUUUUGGAAGCAACGAAGAGGUCUUGCAGUAUUGCCAAGAGGUGAGCGGCCGCCGGGCUAACUCAACCGAUUGUGAACGACUUAAUGAAUUUACAUAUAAAUAACAGGUUUAAAUAAAACUCAAAGAUAAACAUGUAAGAAUAGAAAGCUUUGACGUUUUCCUGACAUGAGUGCGGUGAUGAGAUUAUGUUAACACUGGCAAUUUCUCACAUACUCUAUUCUAACCUGUUUCCCUAUUUACGAUAGGUCUACCCAGAACUGCAGAUCAGCAAUGUGGUGGAAGCCAAUCAGCCUGUGAGCAUCGAUAACUGGUGCAAGAAGGGGAAGAAGCAAUGCAAGGGCCAUUCACACAUCGUGGUGCCAUUCAAGUGUCUGGGUAUGUCCAUCUUUCAGGCCGCUCAGCAAGACUAGGAAUGACUGCAGUUUGCAAGUGUUAACCUCGUGCGGCGGUUUGCUUUAGUUAAUGACUUCCACACUCUGAAUCAUAGCUGUGCUGAUCUCAGCCACUCUGUCCUUGUAGAUUGUCAUAAUUGUAACUGCUUGUGUGUUUGAAGUCAUGAUCUUCCAGUCUCACCUGUAUCCCUUCCCUGCUUCAUUUACACUGUUUCUUGUGUAAAUGUAAGUGAACGUGAAACAGUGUGUCUAGACUCUGAGAUGUCAGCAGAGCUCCGUAAUGAAUCGUUGUAGAGAAUAUUCCUGGUUAUGUUGUGACAGGGGCAAUUUACCCGUUAAAGGUUGAUUGUAAAACGCAUUGCCACUGGUGGCUGAAUUGUCAGUGUACAGCUGGGGACUGGUGUAAUCCCAAUGUGUGAAUGUCCUGUCUCCUUCCCAGAAUAUAUCCAGUUUCGCGUCAGCCAUUCUGUAUUGAUACAUCUGGAUAUAUCUAAUGUAGUAAAGGAACUCUAGCGUUAGGGAUAUGAACAUGUAUUCUUAAAACUAUAGUGUCCUGCUCUCUGUUUAGGACUUACUUUUCCUAUUGUGGCGGGCAGUUCUCUCCGGACACCCCACCUCCUUGGCUGAGAUCAUCGAUCAUGAUGAUCUCAGACAAUAUAGUCUCAAUAGGGAAGCAUUGGGAGAUUAGUGCACUGUGUCAGUCAGCAUCACCUUACGGAGAGACAUUGAGUCAGUGCAUUUCUAAAUGGAGCUCUCAUAGAGAGCUCUCAGAGCGUGGAGACGCAGAACAUUGGACCAAACAAAGGUAGUCCAUCUCCCUCUACAGUAACUGCAGCUGGCAUUAGGGAGCAAUGUAAACACUAUUUUUAGUAUUGGUUUUAUGUCCCGGAACCACUACAGCACUAUAGUGUCUCCUUUAACGCUUUGCUAGAAGCUCCUUUUAUUUCCAAUCGCUACAGAAUAACAACCGGUUAGGAAAGGAGAUAAAACAUUUAACCAGUAUAAACCUCCAUUGAUGUUUAGUGUCUUAAAAUGCUAAUAGUAUCCUUUCCUCAUCAUGGUCAGUAUAUUAUUUUGGCAUUUAACCCCUUUUGAGGCAUGAGUGCUGCCAAAUGACUGUGGUAGACUGGCCACAUAUAUCCUGAAUUCUCCCCCUGAGUCUCAACAGCUAGCUCUCUAAUGGAAUUAUUUGCAGGGCUCUGUGUGACAUCUCGCGCAGGUUCAAUGUGUUGGCGUUAAUUAAAUAGCACAAUACAUCUGUCAUGUUUCUGGGUGUGUACAUGGCCUUCCGAAUGUGACGCCAGCCAUAGUUUUUAUACUGUGAUGAAUCAAAGCCCCUUAUUCACUGAAUCAUUAUAGAACUGUCAUAUUAGCCACUUCUUACAAAUGAUCUGCAUCGUUCACUUUCGUAUUGAUAUCCGUUACCAUAGAAACCAGUCAUUGAGAGCGUCACAUUUAUUUUACAGAUUGCACUUUGCACAUGCGGUUGUUUUUAAGACUUAGAAUAAAAGAUUUUGUGACUGUGUAAGAAUGACCAAGUACUGCUUAAUUCUAUAUCCUGCAGUGUUAAUCGGCAGAAUAUAAAUUAAUCCUAGAACAACUCUCUUUCUCUUGGCAAAUACCUUCUGGGACUACCACUCCCAGAAUCUCAUGGGUGUUUCAGUGCUAAACAUACAGUCAUUACGGACCCAAAUUACGAUGGAGGAACUAUGUUUGUCUCAUAUCGGAUAAAAUGUAUAAAUGGGCAGAGGUUCCGCCACUACAUCCUGCCAUUCCCUGUUGAGGAUGCAGAGGAAUGAGAAGUUUAGCAAAGCUAUCUACCCCUUGGUGCUACAAUGUACGCGGACAGAGGGGAGGGGGUAUUGGUACAAAGACCUCAAAGUGACAGUACUACUUUUAAAGAAUAUAAAUUUAAUCCUUUUUACAAAUUUGGAAUUUGAGUUGUAGAUUCAGCAAACUAAAAAAAGCCUUAAAUGUUUUUAGUAGACCACUGCGUAAGAAAGGCAUUGUCUUAAAUUACUGUAGACAUUGAUCACGCCUGGCAUGAUCAGUGUCGCCAUGAAUUAUAGCUGCCCUUACUGACCUGCUUUUGUGAAUGCUGGCUGGGAUUAUCUAUGCACAACCGUUUAUUAUAAAUUGACCUAGGGUCCUGACAGACACUUCGCAAAUCAUGUGGUUGGUUCCAAAUCAGCAUUACAUUUAAAUAAACUGCCUUAACCCCAACACCUUUACACCUCUCAUGUAUUUCACCAGCAGACUGCGUUAAUAGCAGUGGGUUUAUUCCUCUUAGAAAAUCAAAAUCUAUUGAAGGUUCAAUGUCUUUCUCUUUGCCGUUUAAAAAAAAACUAAAAAAUUUUUUGGAUUAGACUUUUUUUUUUUUUUUUUUUUAAAGCCAUCCAAAGGAGAUCUUCACUGCUCGUACAAUUAAAAUAAAAAAUUAAAAAUUAUGGUGGGGGAAGCAACAAACUUGUUGUAGCCAUGAUUUGCUUUACAUAUUGGGAAUGCAGAGUUUUUUUUAUAAGAAAAUCCCUGCUAAAUGGACAAACUAAUAAUUUCCUAUCCCGUCUGCGCACUUAACAUGGAGGAAUAUUUGCAAGAGAUGUUCUCAAGGUUUAAGCUUUCAUUUCAGUGUGUGCCGGGGCAGUACGUGGUGUUCAGUUUGUGUCUGCGUGUCAUACCAUUUAACCAUUUGAAUGACAUUGUGCUUUUUAGUGGGAGAGUUUGUCAGCGACGUUCUGCUGGUUCCGGAGAGAUGCAAAUUCUUCCACAAGGAGAAGAUGGACGUGUGUGAGAGCCAUCAGCACUGGCACAAUGUCGCCAAGGAGGUAACGAGUCCCACUUGGCCCAGUCGGGUUACGCACCUUUCCUGUCAGACUUGCUAAAUAUAUUGUGAAUCACAGCAGUGGCACGCUUAUUAACUACAUACCCCCACCAUUCCCUGACAACCGUGUUAAUAUUGUCGACUAAAACAAUUCAGAUUACUAAAAUAUGACUAAAACUAAAAUGGUAUUUUAUUCAAAAGACUGACUAACACAAAAUUAAAAUUUGCCUCUAAAAUGAACACUGCACAGAGGGGCUGUGGAAGGGGAAAAAGACAGACCUGGGCUUGAGAAAGAGACACCUAGAAGGGCUGUGGAAGGGGCAAAAGAGACAGACCUGGGCUUUGGAGAGACACCUAGAGGGGCUUAGAGGACACAAAGAGACACUGGAGGGACUGGAGAAGGGGCAAACGCAAUAGAGGCUGUAACUAAACCGAUUAGAUUUUAGUUUUGUCGACUAACAUGUUUUGGAGAUUUAGCCGACUAAAACAAUUCAGAUGACUAAAACACGACAAAAGACUAUGACUAAAAAUAAACUGAAACUUGCAGCCAAAAUUAACAUUGCCUGACAGCCUGCAUUGGAAAUAUCAUUCACAAACAUUACGUUUGUUUGGAAUUAGUUGCUGUUUCCGAUAACCUGAUCUAUAAACUGAAAUAAUGAUUCUGCUCGUUGGCCUCUCUGUACAAUUUGGGUUCCCUUGGAGCUGGUGUGACUAAAGGAUUUAAAAAGGGAGUUGGUUAUAAUUCAUGCUUUUUUUUUUUUUUUUUUAAUACUAAAAUCUCGAAUAUAAUCCUAGUGAUAAUGUAAAUAUAUUCAUCUGAUUGCUAUCCUGAUGAUGUCCAGAGAUGGAAACUUUGAAGUGUUCUCUUGUUAGUGUAGCAGCUUUUUAUGUCACAAUCCGUUACUUGACCGAAUCCUGUUCUCUCCCAGGCCUGUAUGACCGAAGUCAUGGUCUUACACAGCUAUGGCAUGUUGCUGCCAUGUGCCGUCGACCAGUUCCGUGGCACAGAGUACGUGUGCUGCCCUCAGGCCAAGAUCCUCGACGAAGCUCUCUCCAAAGAGGAAGAGGAGGAAGACGAAGAUGAUGAAGAGGAUUAUGACACUUACAAGAGGUCAGUCCGUUCCACUGCUCUGUCUGAUUUCUUGGGAGCUAGGGUGUUUAAUUAUUAAAGCUGAAAAUUUGUGUAAACCUCGAUCUGCCUCACUCUUCCAGAAGAGCAGAUAAAUCACAUGAAACCAUGCAAGAAAGAGAGGAAGAUCAGAUCAAUGUUGCAGAGUAGUCCUGAAUCCCAUAAGUAGGUGAAGGUCCUGCUGCCAUUAAAGGGACACUCUCAAAGUACUAUAACUACUGUCUUACUGUGUAGUGAUCUUAUUGUAGGGGUCAUGGUGUUAGAAAGCUGUCCCUUUUUAUUUUUUUUAUUUUUUUUUAUUUCCCUUGGAUUUCAAACUGUAUACCUCUUAAUGUUGGAAGUCUAGUUUCCACAUAUAGCCGUCCAGGUAACCGAAUGGCCACGUUAGUGUUUUCACUGAAAACGUUUUGGCCCAAAGUCACCGAAAUCUGUUUCCAUUACACUGUUGUUUUUGUGAAUAAACCCCUCCGACUCCCCCACAGUCUCCUUGUCCUUGUCUGAUCUGCUUCCCCCUCUUUUCAACUUUGAUUUUAGCAUAACGUUUUGCAAAUCUUUGUUUACGUCAGUGUUUGAGAUAAGCAAAUGUAUUUUAUUGGUUUAGUCCUUCUCCUAAAAGCUUUGUAUAUUCAGUGUUUGCUGCAAUAUCCUUUGCGUCCUGUUUCCCUCGCUAAAUCUCUUGCCGUUGCACUUUGCAUACUGACUUCUCUCCCAUGUGUUCCUGCUACCAGUGAAUUUCCCACUGAGGCGGACAUAGAGGACUUCACGGCUGCUGUGGAAGAGGAUGAAGAUGAGGUCGAGGAGGUGGAAGAUGAAGAUGAAGUAGUUGAAGACCGUGAUUAUUACUACGAUAAUUAUAAGGAUGAAGAUUACAAUGAAGAAACUGCAACAGAGGCCACAAAUGAGAGAACAGUCUCCGGGAAAGACGUAAUCACAGACGUCAAAGGUAUUAACUAGUGAACACGUUUUUAAUGCAAAAAAAAUCAUUACUCAAUUACAUUUUUACACUCCAUUUUUAGACCCCUUUCUUUAAAAUCAUCACCCCACCCUCCUAUAUUUGUUUUUCAUUGUAUUUAGUGUUUCACAGUUUCUGGACAGGCUAGCCCCGGGUUAGAAUGACUGAAUUUAAGGCUCUCCGAAUUCUUACACAAAGUCUAAAUUGUAAAUUUCACAUCUUGGGCCAAGAUGUCUUUGAACUUGGCCUAAAAUUUUAAAUGCAAACCCUGUAUGAUGAUACUGUUUUAAGCAGAUCAUAUUCACUGAAUCAUGUGUAUAUACAAUAUAUUUGAGUAUGUAUAUUUUUUAGAUUUCUCAUUGGGCUACAUUGGGAACUCUGUGAUUGGUCAGCCACAAAGUCUGGAUGGAGUUAGAAGGGGUGGGCUUGUAAAGACAGCAGACAUGAGAUCUGCAGUUUAUAUGUGGUUUUUAGAUAUAACUCCAAUGGGGAAAAAAUGCAUAAUUUCAUUUGGGUAUAUCUACCAAAUAGUGAUUUUUAUUUUGUAUUUGCGCAGUGGAGUGUCCCUUUUAAACCUGGGGUGUCAUAUUCAUGGGUGUGAAGUAAAGACUCUUCUGUGGGUAGAAUAGUGCUUUAAAGAUGUGAACGGCUCCCAUCCGCUCACAAUCAGGGACCUGUGCCCACAGCUGCUAAAGGAAGGUACACUGCAAGAUAUGGUUUGGAGUAAUUGGAGGUGUUUUACUAAAUGGCAAAUUGUGGUGACUUGAUAACCUCAAAGUAGCAGAUUACAUCCCCUUUCUCCCAGGAAAUUAUUUAACCGUUUAGACCUUCCAAUUGUGUGUUUUGGGUUCUGAAUUAUUUGUUUUGUUUUUCUUUGUGCGGUGUCCUUUUUCUUCAUUCUCGGUCAGCCUCACAGUUUACAUCAAAGAGCUCACCACCUGAAAUGGAAUUAGUUUAUUAAACCCCUCCGUUUAGGUGAUUAGAGACUUGUUCUUUUCCUUGGUUGAAUCCUUCUAAUGCUUCCCUACAACAGACCUCAACCAGAAUUAAAAUAAUCAUAAAAAUGGUAUCUUAGAUUAUAUAUAUAUAUUACAUAUCUCUCUCUCUAUAUAUCUAUCUAUCUCUCUCUCUAUAUAUCUAUCUAUCUCUCUCUCUCUCUCUAUAUAGAGAGAGAGAGAGAGCGAUUAAGCCCUGUUUUAACACCAGUAUAGUGCCAGAAAAACAGUCUGGUACACUACAGAAGGAUUUCAAUUAAGUAAAAUAAAUACAAAAUCAUAAAUUACUUUCUUGCCUAUAGUGUCCCUUUAAGCAAUCUUACACAUGGAAACUAGUGAAGUUAAUCAUUUUCUCCUGUGCUGUACAUGUGACUCAUCAUGUUUACAAAUCUUAAAAUUAAAACACUCAAAAAAUGGUUUUCAUCCCAAAAGUUCCCAUUUCCAAUCUUAGUGUAAGCCACCAAACUGGGUGCCAGUGUCCUUCUUCAGGAUUUACAAACUGAAUAACUGCAGUCUGUCUGCGGGAAUAACAGAAUCUAGACUGGUACUCUGAGAAUCUGCGGUGUGAUGCUAAUUGGAAUCCUGUAGAAUUCCUGUUUUGGUUGGGUUUGAUUCUUUGCUUUCCAACCCCUAUCUGAUAUACUUUAAGGCAUUUCUUUAAUAUUUUAAAGAUGGUUACAAUUAAGUGACUGAAAUAGAUUCACCUUUAAUUAUAGAUGAAAAAUCAAAAAUUACAAAUCGCCAAUAUGGUGUAGCGCUUUAUAUGAACAAAAAUGGAGGUUAACUACCUUAAAACAGUAUAGUGCAGUGGUUAUGGUAUCUUCGAUGAAAUGCCUAAAAAUGAAAAAGUCCAAUAGUGUAAAAAUAAAAAAUAAAUAAAAAAAGGAACCAUUCAUUGUUAUGAGCUAAAAACCCAGCUCAAGGAUGAAAAGCCAGUAGGUCCGUUUACGCGACCUUCCCUUUCUUUUGUCUUAUAAAUAGGCUCAAACGAAGUAUAUGGUGUAAUAUUGUAUAUCCAAUAUAAGGAUCAUGCUCAAUAACAGCGCAAUGUGUAGUUGAGGACUACACUCCUAUAUAAGCAGGAACCAGGUGCCAAGUGUGUACAAGAGCACUAUUUUAUUAAAGGAUCUAUCCCAACAUAGAAUAAAAACAAAGAAUUUCAAACUUACUAGCUAUAUAUAACAUAAACACACUAUAAAGGCAAAGCCCGCAAGUCUUAUCUGUCCCCAGGAUGCAUUUUGCCAAAUUCUCCUUGGCUUCCUUAGCUGGGCAGUCAGUCUGUGUGUAAACUCUUCAGCCUAUAGGGCAUUUAUCAAGAAGCCAUUUGAUAUAAUUUUAUUUUUAUUUAGAAAUGGCAAUGUUUUCUAAUUAACUAAAAGGAACAUAAUGCAACAUUUAACCAGUUGAUGAGUUUUUAUUUAUUUUAAAAUAAAUAAAUAAAAAAUUACAAAACCAUAGUGGUAGAGAAUGGGGAAAGAAGUUGAAAUUUUUUAUAAAUUUUUUUUUUUUUAAAGAUUUUAAAAGUAACUAGUCUCCCUUGUGAAAUAAUUGUUUGGUCCAUUAUGUUAAUCACCUGAUCACUGGACGCGAACGUUGGGAGAUGAAAACACGUUCAUUGUAAACUCCCUAUGGAUUCUUGGUGUUUCGUUAAUAUGGCUGUCCGUGCUCACUGCUGCAGGCUCUGUCCCAGGAAAAUAAAACAAUUAGCCAGAAAGAUAGAAAACCUAUUAAGGUUUUUUUCUGUUGAGAGCUUUUACCUGAAUGCUUUUAGUCUGACAGCUACAAAUGCCUGGGAAUAUUUAAUGGAGAGGAGGCGGCACAGGACAAAAAUCAAUUCUCGUCGCGCUCGCUGAAUCUUGCUGGUAAGAUUUGUCAAUUUCAUGAGACAUUGCCAGGGACUGCAGAUAAUUCCCACAGACAUAGAGCAGCUGGGAGAACUCAAAUCCUUGUGCGAGGGACAGAAAGAUCUCCAGACAUUGCUAAAUCUGUAGCUCAUUUUAAAUGUAGGAUAGAAUCUGUAAAGCAAUCCUCGUCCUUUUUAUAAAACUGAAUUAUUGCUCUGUCGCCCCUUCUGGUAAUGAGGGGUAAUGGGGGGGGGAGAAAUAUCAUGAAAAACUGAAUUUUAGCAGUGUAUACGAUCUGUAUAGUUGUAAUGUCUGUAUCCAGUUAGUGUUCAGUUCUUGGCCUUUUCAGUUCUUUGAAAUGAUUUUAAAGCUAAUCAACAUAAUACUGCCUUGAUGAAUCAACAUACUACUAACUACUUGUGCUGCACCCUAGUGUCUAGUUCCUGUAAUGCAAAUGAAUUAGUCUCUGUGAUGAAACCCUUCCUUCACCUGAUUCCAGCGAUGGAACAGUUGCUGAUUUCUCAGAUUAUUUUUUAUUUUUAUUUAUUUUUUUUUACACACAAACCUCAUUUGGAACUUGUGAUGAAUGUUGCCAUUUAACAGUUAACCCAUCUUCUCACAGCUGUCUGCUCCCAAGAGGCCAUGACUGGUCCUUGCCGGGCCAUGAUGCCACGAUGGUACUAUGACAUCCGACAGAGAAAAUGUGUCCGGUUUAUAUAUGGCGGCUGCGGCGGAAACAGGAACAAUUUUGAGUCUGAGGACUAUUGCAUGGCUGUGUGUAGAAUAAUGAGUAAGUUUGGACUCUUCCAGUUUGCGUCCUCUCUGCCGCCCAAUGAGAUCUGCAAGCUUUGAUCUGCCAUUUUGAUUCUGGCGCAUCCUUGCGUUUCAUGUGCGUAACUCUUUUCAUUCCACAGCUGCUUGUUAACAUUUUGCUAUAGUGCUUGAUGGAUAAAUGACAUCUCUAAGGUGACAGGGACUCCCCCGUUUCCUUACUGAUAUAACAAAAUCAUGCCGAACUUGGUCAACGCUCAUGACUGUCCACUUCCAAUUACAGCUGCGCUUCACUGGCGCUUAAACUCAAUACAUAUGUAAUUAGUGUGCUAAGGAACGGUGUGUGUGUGUGACACUGUAGGUAGUUUAUAUAAUAUGUACACAGUGUUGGAAAAAUCACCAACAAAUGUGUAGAUUGCUCCUUCACACUCUGAAUUAGAAUGGCUGCUCACCCCAAUGCCGCAGUUUUAAAUCUCUGCAUCCUUGGUGACUGGUGCGCAGGUAGAGUUGCGGGGUUCAACCAAGUGCUUUGGAAGCGAAAUGCAUGUUCAGAUGGCCACUCAAUACACACUGGAUUGCAGUCUUCCUUACCAGUGGUAUUGCGGUAAUGUUCGCUAGGUCAGAAUACUAGAAUGUUAAACUGGUCUCUUGUCGCUGUACAUGGCUCGAUUUGUGGUUAGUAUGAUAUAUAGAUGACCUUUAACACUAUUUAAAUUAAUGUCUGCUCAGGCCUGACAAGUCCACUUUGAGCAAAUUAAUGUAGACUAUAGUUUUUAUGUCUGGCUUUAUAGAUACAGAAGAGCAGAGUUUUAAUGAUUGAUAUCCCCACCGUCCUUCUUUCCAAUUAAAACAUUUUCCUAUGAUUCUCCGGUAUUAUGAAAUUGUCAGUACUUCACUAAUCUUUGUGCGUUCGUCACAGAAUGCUAGCAAUCAUGCCCACUAAAAAGAUUACUGUACGGGAGAAUCACAGGAUAAGCUCACUUGCUUAAAAAGCCUGGUCUGUGCCACUUCAGAGUUCACUUGAAUGUUCUAUAUAUCAAAAUCUAUAAAAUCUUGGCUAUCUGUGCUAUUCUGAAUUAGACUGACAUGUUCUGGGUUAAAAACAAAAAAGUCUUAUUGCGAGGCUGUUUUUGGUCUCCACCAGUAGGAGUUGCACCAAUUGGAGAUGUCAUUUAUCCUUCCAGAGAGCUUGGAUCUCCCUAAAUCAGAAACUGCAUUGGCAAAAAAGUACUUGGGGAGUUCAGAUGUUUUCCCCCCCAGCUUUUGUGGAUGAAAGAGUUAACUCCUGUACAUUGCGUCUUUCCCAGUUUCCUGCAAAGUUUGUCCUCCUCUCGUUUUAUCUUUGCGUCGUUGCUUGUUUUUGCCAGAAUCUUUACCUGAAUUCUGUAAAGCGCCCUUGCUUGUUUGUGUGAUUUUUCAAUUUUGGAACCCAUUUUUCAGUGUUCCUUCUGUCUGCUUCGCGUUUUUCGCCUUUAAUUGAGCCUAUCGCCCGUUCACCUUGUCUGCUGUUUAUGAUUAAAUAUAUAUAUGGACGCCAUAAGUAUAUAUUUAACGUAUCCUGUGUGUCUCAUUAUAACUUGCUGCUUCUGCGAUUACUCUCUUACUAAUGUGACAUCCUAUGCUUUAAAAUCAAGAAAAUUCAAACCUGCAGUCUGAUCCUUUGCGCUACAUUCCCUGCUCUGUCUGUCUGUCUUCUCCCCUAAAUGGAAUUUCUUAUUUGUACGAUUGUUGGUGCUAUGGCGGGCCUGUCUCCUGCCUUAUCUCUCAUUGCAAUAGAUUUAUCCUUGUUUUUACUCUAUGCUGUUCUUUCAUUUAGAAUAAAAUACCGAAAUGCUCUGCAUUGUCUUAGAUAAAUAAUAUCAAAUGAUUUAAACUAUGUAACUGGCUCAGCAGAGACCUUUAUUCUUAUAAUCCUAAUGUUGGCCUACGAUUGGCCCAGAUAAAAAUGUGAGUGACUAUGCUGAGCCAAUCAAAAUGAAACAAACUUGUACUGUGACCUGUGUGAAUGUUGACUUUCCAGUAUUUUAUUAGUGAAAUUGGAGGUCUAACAUCAAGCUCCUACUUGUGAACAUUGUGGGGGGAGGGGAGAAUUUGGAUUUAAUUUUGGUUACUGUACAUCUAUACUGACAUAUCUCUGCUUCUCUCAUUUCACCUUCAAAGACCCCUUACUCCCUAAACAUAAUGGGGGACAGGGGUGUGGGGAUAUUAAUUAAACUGUCGUUUCUUAUUGAACUCUAACUUGCUAAAAUGAUCAAACCGUGACUAUAGUGGAGAAUUUUUCCAGGUCUGCUAUUGGUAACUUGAUUUUUGCUUUUCUGGGUUAAAAUUUCUUUACAUUAUGGAGUUCAUCGCAUAAAGCCAUCCCUAUUCUAUAAGGGAAAUAUUGUUCCCCAGGUUAAUGUGGUCACAUUGGGUUAUAGCCAACAUGAAGAAUCUGAUUUCCACAGUGCGCCCCGUUUGCCGAUCGAAUUCCAGGCUAAUUGUUACAGAACAAAGACACACACCCACUGUUUUCAGCGCGCGCGCAAACACCAUAAUUCUCACUGUGACACAAGUAUUCGAUGGUGAUGUAAAUACUCUAUCUCCUCCAACAGGUUUUAUUAAGUUAUGUUUUUCGUGAUUUCUAUUUAUUUGUCCUCUGGCAAAUAACAAAUCCCCCACUUUGCCUCCUUUAUAUCCCUUUAUCUCCUGGGAUAUCCGUGUAGGGCUGGUAACACAUUCUUUUGGCUGGCCACAUGUCCUGAUCUUACGAUUUGCGUGCUCCUCUGAACCGUGGAGAGGAAAGGACCGUGCCAAACGCACCCAUCACAUGACCAAGCUGGGGAAACUAUCGUAACACAGACUGCCUUUGUUUCUACAGUACAGGAUUUGUACUUUUAUAAUCCGGCUGCUAAAUUCAAAAAUGGACUAAAUCAGAGAUGAGUAGCCUGGACACCCUCAGGCAGCCUGAGGUUAAUGGGAAAUGUUCUCAUUUGGCUAGUCGUGGCUGUCUAGUGUGAGGUCUGUUUAACGAGACACUCUGGAGGAUGCGCUACGUUAUUAAUGAUGCACAGUCCUGCUUAAUAUUCCAUUUGUGUUUCCACUCCGAAGCUUUCCUGUAUCUAUGCACCCCCAUUCUCUCUCCCUCCAUAUGCCAUGUUCCCCAGUCUCCCUAAACUUAGCAACUUCUCUCACUAUGAAUUCUUUCACAUUAAGUGAGUAAGCAAGUGCCCACAUUAACAUCACUCCUUCAUGGGUAAUGGAAUGCCAUUGGUUAAGAGGUUAAUGCUGGUCAUUCGAGAGUCCCUGCACUAUUGCUGUAAUUACUUUAGCCACACAUCACACACUGCUGGAACGUGUACAGUAAGUUUACAUUGCCUCUCACUACUUCACGGCAGCAGCCAGCCGCAACGGCAUAUUGCCUGAGCUUUGAGAGUUGGAGUUCAGUGGCAGCCAAUGCGUUGUAGAAACUAAAGGCUACAUUUUUGCAGAUAAUGUGUUUUUAUUGAGAUUGCCAAAUACAAAAUCUCAGCAGCUUUUCUAAACUUCUCCUCAUGAUCAGCCAUUUUCCGACCACCGACUAGAAAAAGGUUUGUUUGCUGCGUGAUAUAAUAUCUGACACAUGGUGUAAAAGGAUCUGAUUGUGACAAUGUGUCGGCUUUCUGUUCUGCGAGACCUCAUACUGCACAGUCAGUGAGAAUAGAACUACUUGUCGAUACCGCUGGCAAUAUAUAGGUUUCAUGAGAGCGCAGGAAAAGGCCAGAAUUACUUUAUUCCCACUCACUCACUUUUUUUUUUUCAUCCAGAUUCUUGAACACAGUUGGUUAUAUUUUGACAUAAAUGUUUUAAAAUAUGAACAUAAUAUGAAGUUUAUUUUUGAAAAGGAACCAAAAUGAAUAAAUUUCCUGGUUGCUUUUCAUUUAUCCAUAAAUAAUGGAAAAGGAGUCCAGUGUCCAGUGGAAGCGGUUACUGAAUCUGUGCAUCUCAGCCCCUUCCAUGUUUGCGAUCUCACGGUCUGCAGUGUCAAACACUUUUUUUUAAAUUUUUUUUAAAUCCGUGUGCAGGGUUUUAUUUUUUAUUUUUUAUGUGAGUAGGUGGAAUAAAUGAACAGCACCAGGCAGUAAAACGUUGCCAAAAAACCAAUCCCAUAUGCUGCAUUAAGAUAUAUUUUAAUUUUUGUGGCUGAAUGGGGGGCAGCUUCCUACACAGUCUGAAAUUAUGCUUUUCACUGCAUGAAAAAAAAUCGGAAUUUCAAAUUCAGAAAAUAAAUUUUAUUAGAAUUUUAACAGCUUGUUGGUCAAUCUAAACAUUCUAAAUCUGCUUUAUAGAAUGCAGUUACAUUCACUACUGCUGUGUAACUGCAGCACUUCAUUUUUAGGCCUCCUCAUUUUCUGUUUUGAUGGUUACUUUGUUAAUAUGAAUAUCAAUAAAUACCAAAUGGUGGUUACCAUGUCCUUUAACCUUUCCAGUCCCAACAACGCCUGCUCCUGCAGAUUACGUGGACAUCUAUUUAGAAACUCCUGCAGAUGAUAACGAGCACGCACGAUUCCAAAAAGCCAAAGAACAGCUCGAGGUUCGACACCGUAACCGCAUGGAUCGGGUAGGCUUACAGACUUUAAAUAUGGCUUUAAUCCUUCCCCCAGUUUGCACAGCAUCUUUUUUAAAAUUAUUUAUUUCUCACCCCAGGUUAAGAAGGAAUGGGAAGAGGCUGAGCUGCAAGCUAAAAAUCUGCCAAAGGCCGAAAAACAGACGCUCACUCAGGUAAGAGCGCAGUCUGGAUCAGAAACGGUGCUGGGUAAACAUUAAACUGCGUGUCAUCUGAUCCUGACACAUCGGUUGGACAUAGGAUAGGCAAGGCCUUGCUUGUUUACUGCACUGUUAAAGGAAUGUGUGUGUUCACAUAUGCUCAGGCUGCAGUCCUUAUGGUGUCUUAUGCUGAUCUAUACUGCGCUACUCCUCCACUACCCACUUGAAUAGAGUUUACAAAGUGUGGGAGCAAGGAGCUGCCUGAGAAGUAUCUGCUUCAACUCGAUCUAGAAAUUUACCAUCUAAACAGCUCCUUGAAAGAAAGUCUUUCGUCAUGUUUUAUGAUACGUGAACUUAAGCCUGCAAAAGUAAUUUUUUAUUUAUUUUUUAAUCUAAACUUUAAACUCUUUCUUAUUGAGCACUUGUCGUGCAGAUAGAACAUGCUGUUGCUUUUUAGAGGGCACAGCAGCCGCCUGUAUGUCAUAGCCAAAUUACUACAAAAAGCAUAGAUACUAUUUUAUUUUUACCACCUGCUUUCUGCGAAGCUCUAUAAUCCAAAAGAAUGAUGCAGAGCAUUUACACAACACCAAGCAAAUUAUCCCACAAUGCAGUGGGAACUGUGCACAGCACUGUGGGAGUGCAGACCCAAUCUGAUUACGUGUUGGUAGUGAAGAGCCAUAAAUAACCAUUGCGCUUACGACCCGUCUGGUCUCCAGCCUGGUGUCUGGUCUCAUGUUUUGUACCUAAGAUGUGAGUGAAUGUUUGCUAUCUGGAUACCCUGUAUAGAACGUGAAUCCAUGAAAUGGCGACCCCUGCUUUGUCAAUUACUCAUUCCUGUGAACAGGUGUAAUUGUUGGAUGUUGUAAAUACAUGAAACUAUUAUAGUACCCAUAAUUAAGUGUUCUUGCAUAGCAAGACCACUUAUUGUUAUCUCACAUAUAUAUUAUUAUUCUUAUUAUAGCCAAAUUUGCCACUCUAACUCCUCCCACAGUUUUUACACUACAUAGACAAAAAUUUACCAAAACGUGCAGAUUGUUCCCGAUCGGAUUGCUAUUACUUUGUGGAACGUUUCGCCGAAUGGUUCACGGAAUAUCGUCGUUCUUGUGGCGAAAUUUGUCCCAUAGGAAUGAAUGGCAAAGCUAGAGUGGGAGCUGGCAAAAGCUGAAAAAUCAGGACAUGAUUUCUAAACUGCCACCACUCCCUUAUUUUCAGGCCCACCUACACAAAUCUUAUAUCAAAACGUUCAGCUAUCCCUGCUGCCACUAAACAUGUCAACGGCUAAGCCGUAGUCCUGAUAGUUUUCACAAUAUAAUCAUUUGUUUGCAACUAACACCGUCUAUUGACAUUCAUUGAAACUUCACUCUACAAAGCUCAAAUUUGAAGUGCAAUUUCUAAACUGCGACUGUGCCUUCAUUGUUAAUAUUCAGAGACAUACUAUGCAUCAAAAUGUAGGUCUGGGUCUUGUGAUUCUCACAAUAUAAAGCUCUUCGCUGUAGGAGUUAUAGUUUUUAAAAUACGACCGUUUGAAGAUGGCAACCGCCAAAAUACUCUGACCUGUGCAAGGCUGCAGCAGCAAGUGAUGUCAUAGACAGGGCCUUUUGAACACCUGCUAAUGUUUUUAUAAAUGUAUGGUUUAAUGUAACUGUGCAACAACGUUGCAAUUAAAUGUGCUAUAUAAAUAAGUUACUCCAGUUGUAGACUACUGGUGGAGGCAAGAACACUUCACACAAUUUCCCCAGAAAUUGUAGCUUUUCUAGUAACUAUUUGAUGUAAAUAAAUUGCCUUAGCAAGGGACAUUGUCUGUCUCUCUCGGUAGCAUUUCCAUGCCAUUAUAAAAGCCCUCGAGAAGGAGACUGCGCAUGAAAAGCAACAAUUGGUGGAGACUCACCUGGAGCGCGUAGAAGCCAUGUUGAAUGACAAACGCCGCGUGGCACUGGAGAAUUAUCUUUCUGCACUUCAGGCCAGUCCUCCUCGUGUGAGUAAUAAUCUGUUUUAUUGCUUAUAUUAAAUCAACGUAUCAUUCUCAAUCUAUAACAGAAAUAGCUGACAAACUGCUAUAGCACACGGAAAGAUGUUCACUUUUAAUUCUGUUCCAAAAUCUCGUAUACAAAGAUAACUAGUAAUUAUUGUCACUUUGUGCACGGCAGCCACACCGCAUCCUGCAGGCCUUGAAACGUUACGUCAGAGCAGAGAAUAAAGAUAAACUUCACACCGUCCGCCACUACGAGCACGUUCUAGUUGUCGAUCCAGAAAAGGCAGCACAGAUGAGAUCCCAGGUAACAAGUUGCGCCCAACAUCCUUAUAAUUUCACUUUUAACUGAAACAAAGCCCAGUUUAGAUCUACCGAAAACUAUUUGUUCAGCAGAUACAAAUGGCUUAAAAUAGCUCGGCUUAGCAUGUAUAUAAUUUGUAUAAAUAGUUUUACUACAGCAAUGUUGUCUUUGUUUCAAAUCUAGAAACAUCUCUUCAUGAAAUAUGUCUGUUUGUGAUAACUUAAGACCGUUUUAGAAAGACCUUGUGAAGGUCGAAGGACUGACUCCGGCCAUCCAGUGGUUUAAUGUGGUUUAAGUAAAGAGGUUUAAGACUGCAGGGUAAUAGAAAAUGUGUUCUUGUUUCAGGUUAUGACCCAUCUUCAUGUGAUUGAGGAAAGAAUGAAUCAGAGCCUUUCUCUGCUUUACAAAAUCCCAUAUGUUGCCGAUGAGAUUCAGGACGAGAUUGGUUGGUAUCCGGACGCCUGAUAUUCUGAAAGUGAUUUUGUUUGUUUUGUGAUGCACCUAUCCACCUUGAGCAACAAAGAAAUAUGAAAGUGGUUUAUUCAAGAACAUUCACCUUGCUAUCAUUUGUUUAAAAGAAACUUGUAAAUAUACCUUACCUUAUAUAGAGUAAUGCAGUAACCUUUCUAUGCAAAACCAGUAAAAUAAAUUCUAAAAAUACUCAUUUCUGAUGUUUCUGAACAUGAAAUAUCUUUGUUUGGGUUGAUAACCCAUGUUUUGUAAAUCAUUCCAUGAAUUGAGUUAUUUAACAAUUUUGCUGGCCUUUUCCCAUCUAGAUGAGCUUUUCCAGGAGCAGAAAGCGGACAUGGAUCAGUUCACGUCCUCUUUCUCGGAAUCGCAGGGAGAUGUGAGGGUCAGUGAGGAAGAGAGCGAGGAGGUCUCUCUGAAAGAAGGUAGUCCUUUCCGUCCGUUCCAGGUGAAAACUUUCCCAGCCAUUCCAGAGGCCGAAGGUAAGUUAAACGCUUUACCUGAACAGCAGAAUCAUUACACACGAUACAGUGUCCAAUGACGUUCUAUGGGAACCCAGUCUCACACACACAGAAUUGCCUCCAUCGAAAAUAUUUAAGGAGACUCUGUAUCUGUCACGUGCCAUGUAGUAACACCCAGCAUUGCAUAUUUUUGUUGUUCUAUAGCCUUGCUUACUGGAAGUUUAUUUAUUAAUUAUAUAAAUUUUUGUCUACCGAGAAUGUAUUUUUCUGUUUUAGGAGUUUAUUUGAUGAAUGAUUACAUUACAGGAUCAACAGACUGCUUUCUCUACUAGGCCAUUGUCAGAAAGGCCGGUCUGUGACAAAGUCCAGUUUUACUUUAAAAAAAAAAAAAAAAGUAUUUUUCAGCUCAAUCCGGCUAGUUUGACAAUGGCUGUGUGGACAUCCAUUAACUGGGGCCCUAAAGUGCACACCGUCUAAACAUAGACACGGGCCCUCACUGUCUAACAAAAAUACCUUUAUUUGAACAGAAUCUUCUGUUUAUUACUAUGGUAUUCAGUUGAAUGCAAUGUGUGUGAGAUGAAGCUUAAUGUUGCCCCCUGUAGGUCACACACUCCUACAGCAGGUAGGAGCCCCAAUUGCUGUGGUUUAUAUAGUGAUAAAGCACCAAUUGUCUCACUUUCCCCAUAUUCUGUGCACUACAUAUGCAUAUAAUGUCCUGUGCCAAACUGUUUCUUUAAACUGUAAUUUGUGCUGCACUAACCCAGCUCACAAGCCUGCAAUACAUUCACAAGGCUUUUUAGUUAUUUUUAAUCUUUAUUUUUCUGCUUUUCUAUCUUUUUAUUUAUUUAUUUAUUUUUUUUCUUACUCCCGCCACCCCUCCUGUCCUCCUGCACCUCACUCCCUGAUACUCCCGCUUAGACACGCAACCGGAUUCGUAUGCUCCAGUGAGAAAAGGUUGGUUCUGCUCUUGCUGCGUCUCUCUGCUUCUUCGCCACCCCAUCCCAUCUCUGUUUCUCUUCCUUCAAUUUUGUUUUGGGUCAGACGACCAUCGUUAAUGCCUGAUUAGGGCAGCAACUCAUUUAAUUACGAAAAGCUUUCUGAUUCAAAGUUAAAAAGAAAAUCUAAAAUCGAUAUCCUUCUGAUCUGAUCAGACGCCUAAUUGCGUCUUUGGAAGACUUAUCACCUAUGAGUUGCUGGUGUAUAUUUUGGUGAAUGGGAUCACUUCCUUUCUCAUUGCUUUGGUUUCCGUUAUUCUCUAGAAUCAUUAGCUGGUGUAGGAUUUAUAGUCCAGGAAUUGUUUCUUAUGUAAAGUACGGUGCAAUCGCAUGGGGAAACAGUCCACCUAGACCGACGGACGCGGCCAACAAUGACAUCAUUCCUUCCCCUCCCCCUCCGUUUUAAUCAUUCAUUCGAGCAUGGAUACUAAAGUUUUUGGCAGCUUCCCUACCUUUUCCUGGGAGGAUCCGAUUGAUUGUGGGAUAAACCUCUUCUCAAUGGGAAUAAAAAUGGGAUGUAUAAUUAACGGAGCAUAAAACGGCCAUUUCUUGUAUAGCCGGCUGUUCAGGGAUACCAAAGAAGUAAAUAAACUAGCGUUUUAGUCGAUCGUAUGUUGCAGAAAUAUUAGGGGAGGGGGAGUAGUAUUAGAGCUUGUGAUAUUCCUUAUCUAGGGUGAGAAAUCUUAGAAUACUCUGCUGAUGGGUACAUGAAAGGCACAUGCUGUGGAUUUUGAAGCGUGUGUGUAUUAAAAAAACACAAUAAUAUACAUACAUGGAGAGAGAAUUUGAGGUUAUUUUUAAUUUUAAGGAAAAAUGAAAAUGCUUUACACAGUGUACUUAAAGAUUUGGCAAGGAAGGAGUGUUAAGCUAUAUCAAAUGCGGCAAACUUAUAAGUAAACACUGAUAAAGCCCGCGAUUUAAUGAAUGAAGUCAGAAUAAACUAAUCCCAUGCAAUAGUGCAGAACCUCCAUGGAGUUCUAAAAAGUGUUCAAUGCAGAUUUAUACAUUUCCCAUUGAACCGUGCAUGCUACUUGUUACUGGGGGUGGACUGUGUGGCGCCAAACUGCCCCAGAAUCAUUUUCUACUUCUUGAUUGACCGUCUAAACAACUCUGCAAGUGAAUGGGAGAAGUAAAUUAUAUUUAUAUCAUUGUAAUGGAUGUUAAACCUUAGUCUAAGGGAAAUUCGGUCACACAUAAUUUAAAGGGUGUUCUACUCUUGCUGGGACUGCAAUAUUUGAACAGCUCUAAUUUGAGUAUAUUUGGGAUUGCCCAUGUAAAGCAUGGGGAAGCAUUUAAUCAGGUCUCAUCAUUUUGCACCUGUAAGAAGUUGGCCGCACAUUGUCCUGCUCCAGUCUCACGCCCCAUGUGAUUGCACUUGUUACAUCUCUUCUCCUGCUUUUGGAGCUUUCCCCACCUGACUCACCUUUCUUCUUAUCCAGGUUCCGGGAUGGCCAAUCUUAACACACUGAUUGGUGCAGAGGAGAAGCUCAUCAACAGCAAGAGCAAAGCUGACCAGAAAGUGGUGAGACAUUUCUCUAUCCGAAAUCUGUCACUCUGACCUAAUCUCCGUAGAAAACCAAAACUGGGAUUGGACCUUCCAGGAUGACUAUUGGUUUAGUCCUCAGACGUUUAGAUCAUAUCCACUCCGCUGUGAAUUUAAUCUGAAGUAGCGAAGCUGGAAAAAUAAGAAAUGGAGAAUGUUUCCAGUUCAAGUAUUAGGAGUUUCUGGUUUCGUGAAUAAAUAAUUUGUCUGAAAUCUGACUCAAGAUUUGGUAAUCUCAUAUUAUUCGUAACCAAGCGGUGGUUUGCAAGGCUAAGUUUUGGGAGGGGGUUCUUCUACUGACUGUGCACAUGCUACCUCUAGUGUAAAGUUUGGAAUCCACCCAGACCUCCACAUCACACCUGUUUAAUGCUUGUAUGUUUGCCAGAUUCCUCACUGCUUAACUCAGUCUAUUAAUGAUUAUUCUUAGGUUAUCGAUGAGACCGUGGAUGUGAAGGAGAUGAUUUUCAAUGCAGAGAGAGUCCGAGGACUGGUGGAUGAACCGGUAUGUAUGUCAGGAGCAGUCAUAAGCCUCAUGUCUUUAUGGAUUCUAACAUUUUGCAAUCUGGGGGGCAAUCUAUACCCUCCACUUGAUGUGCUGAAUUUAUAAAAAAAAAUGAUUCUAUUCCCAUUAAGGAAUCUGAGGGAUCCUUGCGCAACGAGUUCAGCUUUAGCAGUGGGACGCUCAUUGGAUUGCUCGUUAUUGCUGUUGCCAUAGCUACAAUAAUUGUGGUUAGCCUUGUCCUGCUGAGGAGAAGGCAAUAUGGAACCAUCAGCCAUGGCAUCGUGGAGGUGAGACAUUGUAGCAUUUUAUAUAUAGGAUGUGGCUUGAUUAUGAUGCCAUUUGCUAAAUCUUUAAUAUAAAGAGUGCAUCACAUUGAAAAAGGUUUAACGCAAGAAAAUGCUUUGUUCAGUGGUGUACCCUCUAGAGAAUCGAGGGUUCCCGUUUUUUAAAAUGCUUUUAAUAUAUCUUAUGUAAGGAGUAAUAAUGGCAAAGAACAAUUAAUGUUUUAAUAGGGUAUGGACUAGUGUCCUGCUAACGUCAGCACUACAUCAUUGAAUUUGACUCCAUUGCAUUGAAUAUGUGAAGUAGACUUGUGCAAAGAUACGUCUGUCUGUCUGUUCAAAUCAAAAUAAUUCUAAUCCACAUUAGAUUGAAUCAAUUCACCUGACAUUUACCUGUGGUGUCUUAUUUAUUGAAUGAGACUGGUAAAUCUCAGAAACUGAACCGACUCAAAUUUUUGCACAAGUCUAAGGUAAAGCAUUAUAUUGUAGAUUAGGACCUAACCCUUACUUCCAUUAACUGUAAUCCUGUCUACAAUCUGUAUGUUCCUUGUUGGAAUCUUUCCCAUUAUUGCUCCUGCUAUCCGUAGAUCUAAAUGACCUCAGGGAAAUGUGUUUAAAAGAAAAUGGCAAAUAUAAAAACUAGUAAUACUGAGUUUGUUAUAGUGGAGGAAAGUGACCGUGGAAUAACAUGUGUAAAGUACUGUUAAUUGUAAAAUAUAGACUAAUACAGUGCUCUAGACGUGGAGUGUAAAUGUACAGUAAGGUUUGAUAUAAAGUGUCUCUUAAAACUUUCCUGAUUUUUAAUUAAGACGCCUUUUUACUUUGUGGUCCCCAACCCUUACAAUAUACCAGAUUCCGUAUCCAAACACAUUUUACACCUGCUGUGUGUUUCCUUUGUGCACCUGCUCACCAUUAACUCUUGUGUUUUUAGGUGGACCCAAUGCUGACCCCCGAGGAGCGUCACCUGAAUAAAAUGCAGAACCACGGCUAUGAAAACCCCACAUAUAAAUACCUCGAGCAGAUGCAGAUCUGAAUGCCACGUUUAAUGGGCGGGAAGGGGCGAGGGAGGGUUGGGUUGCACAAGCCCAGGUGGGGUAUGUAAUGGGUAAAGGGGCCAAAGAAAGGGGAGUUGAUUUUGGUUUAUCGACUGAUCAUUCGUUGCAUUGAAGAGUGCUAGCCUGUUACUUUAGGCAACUCCUGGACUUUUUAAUAAUCCCUUCUGAGAUUCAUUUUUCAUUUAAACGGGUGACAGAAUAGAGAGUAAAACGAAUCAUUCAAGAGAUUUUAUUGCUGAUCUUUUUAAGAUGUAGUUAUUUGUUUUUUGGUUUUGCUUUUUAUUUUAUUUUUUAUCAAAAAGAUUAAAUUCCAAUCACUUAUGUGUGUCCUACAAAUAAUAUAAAUAUAUAUAAAAAUAUAUAUAAAUGGAAAAAUGUUAAUUUCUGUUUUGAGUUUCUGGUAGAAUGCUUGUUUAUGCUGCAUCUUCAUAGUUUACUAGCUUAUUUAAAGAUGAAAAAGAAGCAAAGAGGAAUAUUAGGGCUUUUUGGGGAGGGGGUUUCAAUCAAUACAGGUUUAAUUAGGUUGAAGUCUUAAUACCGAAGAGACGAAGCACCUGACCUGUUAGGGUUUGGGCAGCUGUUCCACUUGCUUCUCAGACGUUAAGGUUCAUAAACCGCUUAUGUGUACUACUGAUCUUGUUCUAGGUAUUUACCUGCUUGGGCUGGUGUAUUCAUUUUUUAUUUUAUUUUACGGUGAUCCUCUACCUUCCCCCCAAGCUUGGUAGAGCCCGUGUAGUCUUGUUCUUGAUCUCAAUAUCUGUCAAUUUGCCAUAGUGCCCAUAUUAUUCCAGAACCCGAAUCAUUCCAAAAGGAUAGUUUUUUGUUUUUUUCAGCAUUGCCAAAUAGGUACUGUAACUGUUUAGGAAGCCCCUUCCAUCACAUAUUGGUACCAAGAACAAGACCAUUGAUAGCAUCAUUGCAUGACCACGAAGCACAACCUGGCAGCUUUCCACCUGUGUGGCGUUCGUAGCCACAGCCAUUUAACAAAUCACUGUGUGGCAGAGAGCAAUUGGUGAACGCCGCCCCUGUGUAUAAUCCUGAAAACAUGGGGUGUCCUAUCUCUUAGAUGAAUCGAGAUUGUCUGCAGAUCCCCCACCCUGUCUGUAUCGCUUGUAAAUUUGUUAGCCGUCACUGCAUCAUCAGAUUUCAGUUAUUUUCUCAAUAUUAAGGUUCUGGUAACCUGUGGUGUGUCUUUCGAGGUUUUCCUUUUUAUUAUUAUUGCUUCUCCUUCCACUAUACUGUGAUGUUUUCAUAAUUAUAUAUUUUUAUUUCUUUGUUUUAACCUUUAUAAUUUCUCUCGCACUAUGCACAGAUUUGACCUUGACCUGCGAAAUCCUUUUGUGUGUUCUGUGGGCAAUGUAAAAAUUGGAAAACACAUUAAUAAACACUCUAACUUCCAUAGAAGACAUGUCUCCGAACUUUUCUUCCACUUUAUUUGG